CCCCACACAUCCUUUCUCCUGACCUGGAUUGGGCAGCUCAAAAAUGGCCAUGAGCUGAGUAUGAAGAAGGAACAGCUGCUGGGACACUUUUGCUGUCUCAGGAAAUCUGACAGCCCUGGGAGCCAGGCUGAUGGCUAAUUUUAAACUCGUGCUCGGUGUAUUUGUGUCUGUGGGAGUGCAAUUUCCAGCCCCGCCGCAGCCCACACUGCACCGAGCCGAAAAGGGACCCAGAGGGGGCUUCAGCCUCCCUUGGACUAAGGAAGGGGGCUUGGCUGUGGGGCAAAGGCGAAGAAGAAGAAGAGGAGGGAGCCCAGUAAGCCAAGCCUGGCUGGAGUAGGCAUCUAGCGGGGGAAGAGUCACCAUGGAGCCCACUUCUGGCCAGGACGACAGCCAGAAGAAAAAGCAACAGAAGGAAAAGGCCAAGAAAGCAGCUCUGGAGCUUCCCCCCCGGCCUCUCCGCUCUCUAUUCUGCCUCACCCUCCAGAACCCAGUGCGCAAGGCCUGCAUCGCCAUUGUGGAAUGGAAGUAUCCUUUGAGGAAAGCGGCGGUGGGGUUGUCUCUAAGCUGGAGCCCAGCAGCAGCCAUGCGUAGAGAGCGGUUGCUGAUACCUGGAGGAAGGGCUGGGAGAUAUUUGCUAGCGCUGAAACCCUCUUGUAAACCUCUAAGCUCUACCUAGCAGCUGUUGCUUUUUAUGUCCGCCUUAAGAAGAGCUCGAAAGCAACUGAUCUUGGCAUUUAUCUCUGUCACAGAAAGGCUCUCGGUGGGGGUGGUGCAGGAAAGAACUCAAGGGGGAAAGCAAUGGUUCUGGUCUGUAUCGCCAAGUGGAUGUGUGUCUGUGAGUGUAAACCAAGAGCUUUUCUACUAACACAGUCCUGGCCCCUGACUAUUAGAAAUAUACAGUCCUGGAAUCAUUUAUCUAACACAGUCAUGGAUGCAAAUAAUUGUAUGGGUUUCAAAACGGAACUGGGGAGGCUUAUGAUGGUUCUUUCAUCUGGAUCCUCGACUGGAAUACAAUGAGUUCAGGAACAGCCUCUCCUCCCCAUCUUGUAUCUUUAAGUAUUUGACAGCUGAAGUCAAUGAGUGUUAAGCAGGAAAGUCCUCUGCUCAAAGACCACUGAUAAUGUCUCUGAUAUUUCUGGACAGGCUAGUUUUGCUUCAGGCACAGGAUCUAACAGCUCCACAUAUUUGAUGUUAGGAAAGAAUUUCCCCCAAGUCAGACUGGCUAUUAAUCUUGUGAGGAUUUUUCUUUUAUUUUCUCUUUUCUCUUUUCUCUUUUCUCUUUUCUCUUUUCUCUUUUCUCUUUUCUCUUUUCUCUUUUCUUUUCUUUCCCCUAUCUUGAUAGUGUGCAAAUUGACUCAUUUGCUUGAGCCUUCUGAAAUGUUUUACCAAUCUGUUUCUCGAAUGGCAUAGACAUCUCUGCUUUGUGGUUGCUUAUUCUCUCCUGCUCUCUGCUUGUGACACACUAUAACUUGGGAUGAUGAAGUUUAGCUUUAAGGAACAAAUCACUAACCUGGUGGCAGCAAGCAGUUGAGAAGUGCAUUCUUAGCAUAAAGCAGAUUAAAGCCAUUCCUGCAAGAAUGUGUUUUAGAUCAGUAGUGUGGGCAAGAAUGACAUGAGGACAGUGUUGUGUGAACAGCACCUGCAUCCAGCACUGAAUGUGUAUUAUCACAUAGUGUGUACAUGCCCAAUGUGUAAUGCUAGGUAAUAGUUUUAGUAGAAAGAAAAGCAUGAAGUUAAUAGGACACUGAUUUGGACACUUUUACAAGGGAGUGGACAUUUGCAGGGGCUUGAUUAAGGUAGUAGGAAUGUCAAUGCAGGAAGAUGCUCUGAAUUGCCUGGAAUGAAUCAGUGAGUGUGUUCUAACAUGCCGGAGUACACACAACACUCAAAUCUCCAUUUCUUCCAUCACCACAGCUGCUCUUUGCUUUCCACCCACCAGUUGUUACGCCUCAUCUCCAUUGCUAACCUCAUCUUGAAAUGUGUUUGAGUAUUGUGCACAUUGUACUGAAUUUGUACAUAAUAUUAAAGUUCAGUUGCUAUCUUUACCUAUUUGGUUGGUACAGCAUCACCUCUCUUAAACUUAGAUCCUUCUCCUAAGUACAUUCCUUGGUCCUGGCAAAUGAAAUUCUGAGCAUGUUAAAAUUUGGGACUGGAAGUGUGUUGAAUUCAAAUUGAGCACUUAUACAGUGGAAAUAUGCUUUCUGGUUGCAUGGAAAUGUUUAUUUUGGUGUUUCAUAUUUCAUUGUUACUUUGCCAAGGAAUAGAAGUUUCUCUCUCUCUCUGUAUUCCCUCCUACAAACCAUUUGUUCACUUAGCACAACAGAAGUUUGUAUUUCUUCUUGUGUUAAAGUGUACGCUGUUGCAUAAUGGGGAUGCGACAUAGCUCCAUAGGAGAGCAUCUCAUUUGCAUGCAGAACAUCCCUGGCUCUGGCAUCUGCAUGUAGGCCUGGGAGAGAGCUUGGUUGACGAACAGAAUGCAUUCCGGGAGUUCGUUUGACUCCCAGAACCAUUCGAAAACCAAGGUGCGGCUUCUGAUUGGCUGCAGGAGCUUCCUGCCAAUUGGAAGCCACGGAAGCCACGCUGGAUAUUCAGCUUCCAAAAAUCAUUCGAACACUGGAACACUCACUUCCAGUUUCCGAUCGUUCGGGAAAUGAAACAUUCGGCAACUAAGCCGUUCAUCAACCAAGGUACGACUGUACUGGAGAGCCACUGCCAGUCAGUGUUGGUAUACUGAGCUAGAUGAAGCAAUAGUCUGACUCUGUAUAAGGCCACUUCCUGUGCUCUCCUCUUCUUUCUCACUCUCACUUUCUUUCUUUUCCUUUCUCUAAGCUCCAUUUUGUGUGGUGCUGAACCUUUUAAUCAUAACCACAAAACAUCCAAACCCAAGAACGUAGGAGUAGACUAACCUCUUCUGCAUAUGCUGAACUCUACUAAUAAUUAAUGGCAAUACAUAGUGGACCCCCUUUUAAAAAAUUUUCAGGGAUUCUCCAGGUAGUAUCAUUGUUUCUUUCCUUGGAUGGAUGGUUGCUUCUAUUUCCCGCUCAUCCUUAUAUAAUAAAAGCUUCAAUGGCUAUGAAAACAUGGUGUCCACUGUGACCAUUACCGCAUGCUUUACAUUAUAACACAAUUCAUACUCCUAGUGCUAAAGAUCCCUUGAUUCUUCAGAAUCAAAAUAGCAGCUGCAGUAGAAGAGUCAUAUAAUAUAGGAUGUCCCACUGCUGCAUAUGGAGAGUCUCCCCACCCCCGUCCUUUUUAUUGCCUAUUCUUGAGCAUUUAUUGUGCUCGCAAUGGUAUCGUGUGUGUGUGUGCUGGGGCUAUACAUGAUUCCACUUUCAAUACUGUUUAUACCUACAAAUGUUUCAGGGUGGCCGUACUGCUUCAUUUCCAAGGUUCCAUGAUUUCCUGUGGAAAUCGUGUAGCUUUUAUACCACAAAUAUUCCAGGUUUGUUCUUGUUUUUCAGUCCCUUUCGUUACCCCAUAGUGCAAGAGUGCUCCACCAGAUAGAAAUGAGGUGAUAACAGUGGGGAAGCAUUGCAGAACAACUAAUAAAGCAGAAUUGUGUGUGGAUAGUCCUGUAUAAACCCACUACUAAUGUGCCAUUAUUGCAUCAAUGACAAGUUGCACGAUACACCCACAAAACAUUUUAAAUAUGCUUAUCUCAAGUGUACUUAUUAAGUAAAGCCAUCUCCCUGCUCUUCAUCUCUGCUGAAGCCUGAAUGAAAGGUGGUGGUGGUGGUUGUAGUAGACCCCCAAACACUUAGGGUAUAAUCCUAUGGCACCUGUAAGGGUGCCCCAGGGGCCAUGGGAUAGAUUGGGCCUGCUCCUCUAACGUUGGAGACAGAAUUCUGAUGUUGGAUCCUCUCUCCCUGCGGCUGCCAGAUCUUCCAAUGAACUGGGCCCAGUUUACAUCAGAGCUCAAUGUUUGUUAGGUCCCAAAGGGUGUGUACUGAUCAGCAGUUCGGAUGCAGAGGAUCCAACUUAAUAAAAACAACAACAAUAUAUUUAUACCCUACUCAUCUGGCCGGGUUUUCCCAGCCACUCUGGGUGGCUCCCAACAGAAUUAAAAGCACAAUAGAACAUCAAGCAUUAAAAAUGUCCCUAAACAGGGCUGCCUUCAGAUGCCUUCUAAAAGUCAGAUAGUUGUUUAUUUCCUUGACAUCUGAUGGGAGGGCGUUCCACAGAGUGGGCGCCAUUACUGAGAAGGCCCUCUGUAUGUAAACUAGGAAUGGGCAAAGCAUCAAAGGAGAAUUCUACUGCAAAAUGUAUAUGCCUUUUCCAGGGUGAUCCCAGUUCCCAAACAUGUCUUCAAAUUUGGGGGGGGGGGGGGAUGUUGUCACACUCCUGAACAUGAGUUAAUCUCUACCUUCCUUUUCCCUCCAAGUGUGUCCAGUAAAGUUUGGGUUCUUGUUUUCAAAUUAAAGCCCAGAAGUGGACGGAGGAUUCCCCACCCAUGCUUCCACUCUGCUGGCAGAGCACAGGAUAAAGUGGUUGAACUGCCUUCAUAUUUCACCACCACCUCAUGAUUGCAGCCUUAAUAGCUGAUGCACGGCCAUUUCUUAUCAUCAUAGCCACCACAGUUGUCUCCUCUCAGUGGUGCAGCUAGGUAAUUUCAGAUCCUGGGCAUAAUGGUCUUGGGAGUGGGGAGGGGCUUUAGGUGGUCCUACGUAUUGCUUCAGAUGUGAAGCACACAGGUAGAAUUCACCUUCUAUUCCACACCCUCCAACAUUUGUCGGAUGAAAAUAGGGACGUCCCAUUCUGUAAUGAUAAUUUCGCUUUUUAUACCCCACACAUUUUAUUGGGUUGCUCUAACCACUCUGGGCAGCUUCCAACAUAUAUAGAAACAUAAUAAAACAUGAAAUAUUACAAAAACUUCCCUAUACAGGAUUGCCUUCAGACGACUCGGGGGUCAGAUAACUCCAUACCCUCCAACAUUUCUCCAGUGAGCAUAGGGACAUCCUAAGGAAAAGUGGGACAUUCUGAGAUCAAAUCAGAAGCCAGGACAGCUUCUCUAAAUCAGGGAUGUCCCUGGAAAAUUAGGAUACUUGGAGGGGCUGCUAUUCCCACACCACCAUUCCAUCUUUAUGACUGCUUCUGUGUUUCUGAUGUGUUAAAGCAACAAACAAACAACAGUUUUCCAGACCUGGCAAGGAGGGGAAAGGAUAAAUGCUCUGAGCGUGUACAGUUUUGCAUUUUAAAAAAGUUUUGCAUUUUAAAUAGUUACACACUCCGCUAACCCAGAAAUAGUGCUUCAGGUUAAGAACUUUGCUUCAGGAUAAGAACAGAAAUUGGGCUCCGGCGGUGCGGCGGCAGCAGGAGGCCCCAUUAGCUAAAGUGGUGCUUCAGGUUAAGAACAGUUUCAGGUUAAGAACAGACCUCCGGAACGAAUUAAGUACUUAACCCAAGGUACCACUGUACACGCAGGUUGAUUUCCAAGAACUCCUUGUUGUUCUACUUCAACCACCAAGCCUCACCUUACCAUGCUCACUCAUGGCAUUUGAAUUCUGGGUUUAUUCCAUUAGCUGCCUUUUGUAACUACCUUUUGCACACAUACAAACUGCAGCAUGCUGGGACUAGUAUAACUUUGAAGGUGAGAGGAUUGAGUGGGUUCUUAUGCCUCUGGGGUAUAGGGGAGGGAGAAGAAACAUUUCCUCAUUGGGAAGGUCAAGGGAUCGAUCACCACAAACAGGGAAGAAGAUACACACACACACACACACACACACACACAGAGGCGGACAGAGGGAGAGCUUGCAUCAAGUGACAUUUAAUACACAUCUCCAACAACCUUACAUGCCCUCAGAACUACUCUGGGCACCUUGUAAACUGUUACUGCACCCAGAAAAUAAUCAAUCAUGGCUAGAUACAGUCUGGAUGAUUCUGUCCAUUUUGGUUUCUCUCAGUUUCUCAUUUUUCUCAUUUUUCAGUUCUCCACAUUUUUGUAUCAAUUUGCGAUUUUUUUUUUAAAGGUCCUUUUAAAAAACCACCUGCAUUUUAAUGCAAAUUUCUCCUAAUAUGCACAUUUUUGUACGCCAUUUUGCAUACCAAAUACACAUUUUGUUAUUUUCACUAAUAUAUGCAUUUUUGUGCCUAUUUUACCCUAGUACAUGGAUUUUUGUACACAUUACUUGGCUGUAGAAUUGCAUGGCUAAUUUCAAAGAAGUGUGAAUUUCAAAGGAUGGUUGUGGUUCAUUUCACAUAUUAUUUCAGAGAGUGUAUAUUAGGUAGGUUUCCCUUUAAAUGUUAACUGAAUUGAAUUUCCCUCCCAUCCCUUUUUUGUGAUGUUGCUGUUUUCAGCAGAACUGGGAAAAUAUUUUUGCAAAACAUUGCCUUACUAGUACCUAAGAUUCCAGCACACCUGUGGCUGCAUUCUAUGAUAUCUGACAAGCUUGGUGUUCUAAGACACCUGGAACUUAGUGGGACAAUGUGAUGUGUAAUUUUAAAGGGUAUAUAUUUAAGCACCCGAAAGAGAUGAGAUUUUACAUAAAAUAAUUAGUAAGACCAUAAGGAUCAUUCUUUCUUAACAUCUUCUGGCUCAGUCUUCUCAUCGGCGAUGGCCUUUCCCAAUCCUCUUUAAUUAACAUUUGUUAUUAACACGAAUGCCCUCUAAAUGGUUUUUAACUAUUCUGGUUCAUGCUGCAAUAUUAAGUGACCAGAUUUUCUUUAGCAAGCAUCCACAGACCCUUCGAGACCAUCAUCCUGCUGACCAUUUUUGCCAAUUGCAUUGCACUGGCGAUCUACGUGCCCAUGCCUGAAGAUGACACCAACAAAGCGAACACAAGACUGGUAAGAAAUUCCUAUUAUUAUUUCUGUUUGCUAUUGUUCUCUCGGAGUGCUUCACUUCCUGGCUUGAGCCAUUACUUAUUUUCAGUGUCUGACGCUCCAAGCUUACCUUCAUAGUAAUUGCUCAGACAGGCACCUUUAGAAAGAUCAUCCCCUGUCCCUAAUAUUUAAUGUACAAAAUCUCAAACCUCAAGCUACUGUAUGACCUGAAUCACUUGUUUUGUGCACAGAUAUAUUUGGUCAACUGCAUCUUGGGACAAUAGCUAGGGGAAAGGAAGUGUACCACAUUCUUGCCAUUUUUCUGUCCAUUGGAAGUUUCACAUGGCCAUUUCUGAUCAGAGUGUGGGGAUGCAAUUGUUUUCUCUGCCCAAUCAUUUUCAAAAUUUUGUCUACAAGCAUAAAAAUAGUUUCACCUUACUGUUCAAGAAUGGGAUGCUUUGGAAUUCCUCUUCUUCCAUAACAAUGUCACAUCCAAAAUAUAUUCUUUGUCUUUUCCCUGCAUUUCUUCAAAAUGCAUUUUGGAGAGGGACCUCCAUGGUUUCAUUGAUAAGAAGGAAAAAUUCCCUUUAUGCACUGUUCAGGGAUGGAUCAUCUGGGAUACAACUGCAUAUGGCUGAAGACUUUUAUCCCUUUAUUACCAGGCGCUAUGUGAAUGCCAGAUGCCCAUAUUUUCAGGAGCAUCUCUGAAAGAGAAAGUUGAUCCAUAGCAAGCCCAGUCCAUUAUACUCUUAGCUUGCCUCUUCUGUAAUGUUGAAUAUUGUGAUAGUUGACAGUCAUCAAGCAGAACAUGGGAACGGGGAAAGAGAGAGAAUGAGAAUGAAAGAAUGUAUUAGUUGCACACACUGAUGCAUAAUUUAGCUGCACAAAGGACAGUGUGCCUAGGGAGGGCAGGAUUCACAGACAGAUUCAAAUACCUAUUCUUUGUGGGUGAGGGGGGGAGACAUUUUAAAGGACAUUUGCUGUUUUUACUUUUUAUACUUUGUAAUUAGUAGUGAAAUAGGUACUACAGAGGAAUAAUUUUAUGUGGUCUGCAACAUUUGUGUGUAAGAGACUGCUUGUACCCUUCCUAAAUGCUGUGUCUAGUUCCAUAACGAAAAUAUGAAUUUUCUGUUAAUAUUUAACAAUUUUGUGUAUUGAUUCUGUACAGUAACACCCCCAAUAAUAUAUCAAAAAGAGAGAAAUAAUCCAGCCCCUUCGGUGCAUGUUCUAAAGGAAUUUGCUGCAGUAUUCUGGCUAACAUUUGCUUCCCAGCUGUGGAAUGUCUUCCUAAAUAACUGGAAUUGCUAAAUGAUAUCCAACAUAGAGCUGCUGUUUCAUAGAAAGAUAUAAGGCAAGGAAAUGCUGAGCAGACUGUCCCAGUGACCUGCCCUGCUGCAUCUGUCAGACUUCCCCAUGCCCUUCAAGCUGUUAAAGGCAAAGGAGACCUGUCCAAGUUGCAUGCUAACAUGCCCCCCGCAUCACUCAGACAUGAGAGCCUAGUUAGGACCCACUGAGUUACUAAACAGGAACCAUGUGCUAGUUGGAAUUUAGUAGUUCUAUUGUAAGAAACUGUUUCAAAUUGUGAACUGUGUGUUAGCAGAACUGCCAAUUAGUAUGGAGGAUAAGUGAGGGGGGCCUUCGGGGAUGGCCCUACUAUUGGGCAGAGUGAGUAACCUGCCUCAGGUGGCACAUUUGCAGCCUCCAGCUAUUCCUCCUGGGCCACUUACCCUUACUAAUUUCAGCCUUUUGUCCCAUGGCAUCUUCUGGGUGCCCUGAACUAGCCUAAUAGCUCAAGUGCUAUAGGGAGUGCUGUCCCAUCACCAGUGUUUAUUUGGCUUCUGUAUGUGGAGCGGGGAGCAGGUGUCAUCUGAGGAAGCAAAAUGUCUAGGACUGGCCUUGGGGGCCUUUAAUGGACUCCACAAAUCCUACCCUUGCCUCUCCCCAAUUUUACCCAGAUUAUGCCCACCUAUUCUCCAUAGCCUUCUAAAACCAAGAGGAUCAUCGAAAAACAUAAGGGCCUUCUCCACCCCCUUGUCAUUCAAACCCUGGAACCAGCCUUGCUUGUAUGUUAAGAGACACUUGAAAGGGUCUUGUCUUGGGAAUGAGUGCAAAAUAUAUAAAGAAAGAAUAACUCUAGGUAACGUCAGUCUGCUUCAUUCUGAAACAUGCAAAGCCUGACAGGGAAGGGGCCCUGGCAACCCUGAGGGGAGUUUAGGGUGACGGACAGUUGCAGCUGUGAGGGAGAAGAAGGCAACAGCAGCCUCUGGUAUGAAUGCUGGGAGAAGGAAAGUACAACCACAGUAACUAUUCUAGGCUGUGACAGGCGAAGGUAACCAUGCCAACAAUCAGGUCAAGAAGGAUGGACCAGGCUUUAAAGCUAGUCUGCAGCUUCUUUGCCCCAGUUUCCUUCUGUCUUUACCUUUGCUGGGUAACAUCUCCCAUGCCAUAAAGCGCUGGCAGGGAUGCAGAGUUGUUCAAUGGAGUGCUGGUCCAGGGACACUCCACAUGGGAGAGAAUCCAUUGGUCCCCCUAUAAAAACACAAAACCAGAUUAAUAUUGCUUCCGUUUGAGAGCCAAAGCAAAAGGGAUGCUGAGGAAGGGAGCCAAGUCAUAUUAUCUCCAAGGCUUAGCAGAGAAAUGAGGAGCAGAUUUGCCCUUACCUUUGGCGCAAUUAACCCCCCCCCCCAAAAAAAAGGGGGAGAGAGGGCUGUGACAGAAAAGUUUGUUUUGCUGGGCAGGUUGGGUCUCUAAGUGUUUACUUUUUCUUUUUCCCUGCCAGCAAAUGGUGAACAAACGGCAUCUCAUGAUUGGCGGGGUUCCAGGAGGGGGAGCUGAAAAGGAGAGGAUUUGGAGAGACAGUUUAUUAGGUUGGGAUAGAGUUUGGGAGAAUAGGUUGGGAGAUAGGUUGGGAGAUAGGGAGUGAGAGGAGAGAGAGUUGGUUCUGUGUAGAAACAUCCACUCUGAGGAAUAUAUCACAAGCUAGAGAAAGGAGUCUCUGAGCUUAGUGUGAAGGACAGUGUGUGGUGUCCUGUAAGAGAAAUUAGGCCAGGAAUUAACUGGGAGGCUGAGGCUGAGCCAGGAGAAGUAGAAGCUGUGAGAAUGCAGUCUACUUAGGACUCAUUCUAGUCAGGAGGGGAAAAAUACUUCUACAAAAGGAGAGGACUCCCAAACCAGUUAAGAGGGGUGUGGUGAUCUCUUGGGUCUGUUACUUGGAGUACCUCAGGAGUAGGGUUGUCAAAGGGGUGUGCAACUGCAGAAAAUACCACCUUGUUUAAGAACCAAAGUAUUAAGCGGCAACAGCUGUGCAACAACAGAGAAAGAACUGAAGUGAAAUAACAUUAUAAACUGAAGUAUCCUAUGUUUUACCCAUUUUGUGUCAUUAACUUCCUAUGUUUAAUAAAAUAUUUCUUGUUUAUUUGAUCAAAUCCUGCCUGAGACUCCAAAUUAUUAAGUUUUCCCUCACACAAGUCCCCCACAAGAUAAUCUGGGGUAGUUUGUAGGAAUUCGGGUAAUUGGUGUUCUGUGAGGUGGGUGCACUAUAUUUAAGUGAGGGCAGGCCCAACAGCGCCAGGGAGAAAAGUGCUGUCAAAGCAUCGCAAGGGCCAGCCGUUAUUUCCCCCCCUGAUGGGAUGGCAACCCUAAAAGAAUGAUUGGCUGAAAACAUGGUAUCCACUUCCAUGAAAAAUCUGUCAGCAUGAAUCCAUCUUGUAUAGAUUGUAGCAAAAUGGGGAAAUCUGAUCUUUACUGCUAAAUGGGAGCAAUUGUGAAUUGGGUUUUCUGUGGAUUUGCAUUUGCUCCAAUUCAGUGCUAAAGGGCAGGUUUUCCUGGGGGAAAGCUGUGAGGCAAACAGAAAAGCACUCAAACCCAUCUCUAGAAAGCACAGGACAAGUGUUAAGUAUGGACGAGCCCUUAGUGGGACAUUAAGUUUAAGUCCAUUUCAAUGGUCUACUCUGAGUUAAACUUAGUUGAAUACCAUCCAGCAUCUUGAAUAAUUAGUUGAGCUUUCUAGUUAAUAUUGGCUACUCUUACAUUUCAAAGAGUCUGGCGAUACCCUAAAAAUUAACAAAUGUAUUAGCUUUUGUGGACUACAAUCCAGUUCAUCAGAUGUAUAAAGUGGAUGAACGAAUGCAUUUGACAAAGUGGGCAAACUUACGGCAUUGUAGUUUAUUAGCCUGUCAGGUACUGCAAUAAUUCUGUUGUUUUUGCUGCAGCAGACUAACAUGGCUACCCCCUGGAAACUACUUCAUAACAAGACUUAUCCAGCUUUAAAUUAAGAUCAAGGCACAGUAGUAUGCAUGCUGAUUGGAUUUACACUCUAUCAGCAUGCUUUUGGGUGAAAAGUUCUCAGUAAUUGGUUAACAUGCAUAUUUGUAAUUACCCCCACAUCAAUUAUAUGGCUGUGUAAUUGGCAUCACAAUGUAUGCAACACGUUACUUAGCAUUUGAUGAAUAAGGAAGCUGUAGAAUUAUAAAAGGCCCACAAUCUUAUUUAGUCCCCAAAAGGCCAAAGCUUAUUUUACAACGGAUCAGUUAGUCUUUAAGACCCUUUGAUGUACAUAAAACACACUCACCCUCCAACAUCCCUCUGAUGAAAACCAGGACACGUGCUUUUGAUGCCGUGCUGCCACGUAAGUCAGCUAGCUCAUGUGAGAGCGCAACACCACUGCAGGCGCCAGUUCAUUCUCUUCCCUGAGCUCGGUGGCGGCACUGGAGGGGGUGGUGGUGGAAAUGGGACAUUCUAGGAUCAAAUCAGAAGCCAGGAUGACUUCUAUAAUUCUGGGAUGUCGUAGGACAAUCAGAGCACUUGAAAGAUAUGUUUAAAAGUUUGUUGAUAAAAGGGAUGUUGCAUUUGGGAUUGUUCCUUCAUCUUGAUCUAGGGGGAAAGCAACGGCCAUUUGUGUUUUCCUGUAUCAGUAGUGGGGAACCAUUUUCUGCGUUGUCUUCUGCGCACCCUUCUGAGGGCUACAUGCCAAUGAUACAGGGGUCAGAGGUGAAAGCAGACAGAACAAUGAAUGUAAAGUUAACCUUUGUGCAGUAGGCUGCUUUCUACCCCUCUCAAACCUCCAUCCAGACAAGCAAGAGGUGCUACCAGACUUUAAGGACAUAACACUAUGGAGGCAAAAAUACUUGGGGUGCAAAGCAAGGCCAGUGAGAGGUGUGGCUGGGGGGAGCCCUGAGGGCCAAAUAGAGUGACCUGGUGGUUGCAUGUGGCCCUCAGGCCUGAGCUUCCCUAUCCCAGUCUUUUAAAGGAAACAGGAACCAAGGUAUACUUGGUAGUGUGGAAGGUUGUAUAAAAAGAAGAGGAAAUGCCACUGUGACCCAAACAAUACCAGGAAAAUUAUGGAUUUAAGAUGCAACUGCUCUGAUGAAUUUUGAGAUAGCACAGAGCUGUUGUGGCUGAAAUGUGUUGGCUGAUGGGAGUUGUGGUCCAAAGUAUUGCAGGGAAGGGAACUAGAAUGUGGCAAUCUGACUGAGACUGUAAUCUAUAUCACUAAUCUUGCCCAUCUUCCCUCUCCCGUUCUCUGUCUUGCAGGAGAAGCUAGAAUACUUCUUUCUCACAGUAUUUGCCAUUGAGGCACUGCUAAAGAUAAUUGCCUAUGGAUUUUUAUUCCAUGCAGACGCCUACCUCCGAAAUGGCUGGAAUGUGCUGGAUUUCACCAUAGUAUUUUUGGGGUAAAGGAGCUCAGUUUUAUUUCUGUCUGUGUGUAUGUCUAGAUUUCGUUAGAAAUUUAUGUUAAACAUAUUCAAAUAAAUGCUAAAAGCACAUUAACAGUAUAAUCCUAUAUAUAUGUCUUCUCAGAAGUAAGUCUCAUUGACUUUAGUGGGACUUACUCCCUGGCAGUGCUUUUUCCCCUAAAAAAACAACAACGUGUUUAGGGGUACUCUCAUUUGGACCCAAGAAAAUCACCAUUUAUAGUCCAAAUCAGGGAAAAUAAAUACAGUUAAUGGACAAAAGUACAAAGAUUCAUGAAAUGUUUAGGUGUAUGCGCACCCCUGCGUAGCCCCAGAAAAAAAGCACUGCUCCCUGGUAAGCAUUUAUAGGAUUGCAAUAUAAUGGGGCUUGCUUCUGGGUAGGCAUUUUGAGGAUUGCAAAGUUGUGGCUUUUUUUCUUUUUAGAGUUUUAAACAUUGUACAAAAUGCAUUAAAAUAAAUACACAUUUACAAAUAAAAGUAGCAAAGUAUGGUAUGAGGCAUAUGAGGCUACCACUUGCUGAACCUUAUGAUUCAGCUGUGAGACCAACCAGGCACUCCAGCUUAGAGCAGAGCCGGACUUUUAACCCAGAAUAUACAGUUUUGCCUGCGCAGUUACUAAUCAGUGUGCUGCAGAGAAGCGAGGUGAUGAAGUUAGUAUUUUUCUGCAUCACCCAGUUAAUAUAGCACAGAAAUGCAGUGAGGUUCAACCAUGAUACAUAUUGGCCUAUACUGCCCUUGCUUCGUGCGGUUGCCGAUGUGGCGAGCUGUUUUUGUGCAGCGCCCCACAGUGUGCAAAUCAGGCUAUUUUUUAUUUUAUUUUUGUCAUUCUACCGCAGAGCUUUCCCACUGGACUCAAUCUACCGUAUUUUUCACUCUAUAAGAUGCACCAGACCACAAGACGCACCUAGUUUUUGGUGGAGGAAAACAAGAAAAAAAAUAUUCUGAAUCUCAGAAGCCAGAACAGCAAGAGGGAUCGCUGCGCAGUGAAAGCAGCAAUCCCUCUUGCUGUUCUGGCUUCUGGGAUAGCUGCACAGCCUGCAUUCACUCCAUAAGACGCACACACAUUUCCCCUUACUUUUUAGGAGGGAAAAAGUGAGUCUUAUAGAGCAAAAAAUACGGUAUGUGGAGUGAUUUAAAAGUAGCCUCCAUGCAACAGCUGCAACAUGCACACUGUGGCUGCAGAAGCGAUAGGAACCAAGCUUCCUUUCCUCCUGGGAACAUAGUGGGGAGGUGUUUAAAAACUUUCCCUUUCAUUCGUUAUUUGACUCUUGCAUCUGCAUAGUUCCCACCAUACUCCUGUCCCUUGUUCACCAUUUUCUUUGUCCAUUGUCUUGUAGAGUCUUCACAGUGAUCCUGGAGAGAGUCAGCGUAAUAGAAAGCGCCCUUCUCAGUGGGCAGGGUGGCUUUGAUGUCAAAGCCCUGAGAGCCUUUCGGGUGCUGCGGCCCCUACGCCUGGUGUCAGGAGUACCAAGUGGGUGAAAUGUCCUUUGGGUUAGAUGAGUAGAUGCAGGCAGAAGGCUAGAGCAAGGAUGACUGGACACAACUCCCUUAAGCCAGGGGUAGCCAGAUAUCUUCCAGAUAGCAUUGGACUGUAGCCAUCACUGAGGCUGACUGGAGCUGGAAUCUAACAACAUCCAGAGAGCACCCCAUUGACUACCCAUGACUCCAUUGAUAAUCAGAGAAAUAAGAAAUAAAAAUAGAUUAUGUUCUUAUGUUAAAUUGUUUGGGGUGAGGAGCAGGAAACUGUAACAGGCUAUGCCAAGUAACUAGAACAGGUGACAUCUGCAGGUUGGCCUUCAAAGCGUUUGAAAAGUAUUUAAUCACAUCCAAACACUCAGGGGGGCAGUGAGGUAGCCUUGGAAGAGAGAACAGAUAUGGCCAACCUAAACAGUAAUUGAGUCUAGGUAACUGACAAACACUAAAGACUCAAUUUGUUAAUUCAUGGAGAACAUUGGCUACGGUGGCAAGAACUUCUGUGCUAUUUCCUUCACCAAAAGGAGGGCUGUGGCUCAGUGGUAGAGUACAUGCUUUGAAUGCCGAGGCUCAAUCUUUGGUACCUCUGUGAAGGGGUAGGAAAGAUUCCUCUCUGAAAAACCUGAAGAGCUGCUGCCACCCAGUGUUGACAAUACUGUUUAACCAAUUCACUGAUGAACCAAUAGCCUGAUUCAAAAUAAUGCAGUUUGCCUGUGACACUAACUUUGUGCACAUUAUUUGACUUCAGCUAAAAGUGAAUGGGAGGCUCUUCCUCAUCUUCAAGAGCAGCAGCACCAUGAGUCUGACUUUAGUCUCUGCUUCCUCCUGAAAGAAAAGAGCAGCCUUGUUGCUACAGAAAGGGUAUAGCAGUAAGAAACUUCUCCCAGGUAGGACCAGUCCUACCAUGAGGCAAAGCGAGGAUUCUGCCUCAGAUGGCAGGUGCUGAUGGGGCAGUGGCAGUGAGGUGCUGAAGGAUACAGCUGUUUGUGCCAUAUGCCAUAACCUGUGCCCAGUGCUGUCAGGAUGCUGUCAGCAUCUCCUGGCUGGUUGCCCAGGAAAGUAUAAAGACAAAGGAAAAGUUUCUUACUUUCCUUUUUUAUUUCAAUCUGUACAGAGAGAGGCUAUAGAACCCAGCCUCUUGGAUAAUGGCAUUGUCCCUAGUGAAUCUCCACCCCACCGUCUUUCCCACUACCUCAUCCGUCAUUCUCAUUGUCUCCUCUACGGGUGCUGCUACGUGACUUCUGUCGUUGAGCUCUUUGCUCUCCUACUUUUAAGGCUCGCCGGGUUCUGGGAGAUGGAGGGUCUGGAAUGCUUUCCAAUGACAACGUGUCAGCUUGGUGUUGUUCUGGCCAGUGGUGGAGCUUCAUGCUCCUGCACCAGGGGGGCGGAGAGCAGGGGGGGAGGGGCUGGCACACAUCCCAGGGCGUGGCGUGCUGCCUGCAGGGACGUGGCACGCCGCCUGCAGAGGCGUGGUGCACAUCCUGGGGGCGUGGCAUGCCACCUGCGGGGGUGUGGUGCCCAGCGUGGGCGGGGGGCAGCCGCGAUGGCACCCCACCGGGAUCACGCUGCCGGGCGCGGUGCGCUCCUCCCCCACUCCUCUUCCUCCGCCAGUGGUUCUGGCUCUCCCAUGAUUUCCCAGCUUUUCCCCUCAUCUCCCUCUGAGCUGCGACCUCCCUCAAACCCCUGUUGUAAAUCUAUCCUGUCUUCCUCUUCCUCCUCACUGGAAGGGUCAGGAUAGGAAGGCGGUCUUCACCAUUCCUCCUCUGCCCAGUCCCUGACAAGUGCCUACUAAUAAAUCCCCCAAGUGUGGUGGAAGUUUCUGCCCCAUGACCAGUGCUGAAGGAAGAUUCAACUACCCAUCCAGUUGUAAAACUGGGGGAAACUGAAAAAUAGCACAAGCCCUGCCCCCCGAUGUGUUUGUUGCUAUGUUCAUAGCACCACUGUUUAUUUAUUGCACAGUCUUGUAGAAGUCACCACAUCUCCCUUAUGAAAUGCAGGUCAGUGCUCAUGAGGUUAGAAGGUUAAAUUGUAGAUGGGAUCAUACGACAGCAUAUGGCAGCAACUGGAAAGCAGAAAGAUGUAGUGCAAGGGUGGGAAACUUAUGGCCCUUCGGAUGCUGUUGGACUCCAACUCCCACCAUUCCUCACCACUGGCCAUGCUAGUUUAGCUGAUGGGAGCUGGAGUCUAACAGCAUCUGGAGGACCACAGGUUCCCCAUCUCCAGUGCAGUCAAUAGAAUAAAGAUGGUGUGAACAGCUGGCUCUCUUCCUUCCUGUUACAGGUCUGCAAGUGGUACUGAACUCAAUCGUCAAGGCUACGUUGCCUCUGAUCCACAUUGCUGUGCUUGUUGUCUUCAUGCUUGUCAUCUACGCCAUUAUGGGGCAGGAGCUCUUCAAGGGCAAAAUGCACAAGACCUGCUACUACAAUGGAACAGGUAGGGGGUGCAGUUGAUCUGCUCAUAAUUUAUAAAGCUGCAAGGAGGGGUCUGGGGCAUCACCUUGAGCUACAUCUAUGAGGCAAAAUAUCUGCCUUUUGUGCUCUUGCAUAAACAGGAAGUAGAUGCAAACGAGAAGCCUGCUGCAUCCUCUGAAACUGCUUCCAUUAGAACUGGGGAAAGGGGUACAGUGGUGCCCCGCAAGACGAAUGCCUCGCAAGACGGAAAACCCGCUAGACGAAAGGGUUUUCCAUUUUUGAGUUGCUUCGCAGGACGAAUUUCCCUAUGGGCUUGCUUCGCGAGACGAAAAUGUCUUGCGAGUCUUGAGAUUUUUUUUUCGCUUUCCCCCCCUUUAUCUAAGCCGCUAAGCCUUUAAUAGCCUUUUAGCAGCUAAUCCGAUAAGCCGAUAAGCCUUUAAUAGCCGCUAAACCGCUAAUAGCGCUAAUCCGUUAAGCCGCUAAUAGGGUUGCUUCGCAAGACGAAAAAACCGCUAGACGAAGACUCUCGCGGAACGGAUUAAUUUCGUCUUGCGAGGCACCACUGUACAUGCUAAAAUAGACAGAUAACAGUGAGCACAAGCUACCCUGACAGAGCCUCACAUUUGUCCCUUUGUUUCCUUCCUUAGAUAUCAUUGCAACCGUGGAAAAUGAAAAACCAUCUCCAUGUACAAAUUCAGGCCAUGGGCGCCGCUGCACUAUUCCUGGUUCAGAGUGCAGGGGCUAUUGGCCAGGACCCAACUAUGGCAUCACCCACUUUGAUAACUUUGGGUUUUCUAUGCUGACUGUCUACCAGUGUAUCUCCAUGGAAAGCUGGACUGAAGUCCUCUACUGGGUAGGCUAAGCUUUGGCCGGGAAGGGAGGAAGAUAAAGUAGGGCUCUUUUGCAAAAUGUAAGGGAUGAGGAACUAAGGGCAUGUAGUCAUGUCAUCUCCCGGGUAGUGGACUCACUCACGACAGAAUGACACUGUUGUUUCAGUGAAUCGGUCACCCCACAUGCAGAGCAUUCCCCUAGUUAGGGCACCUGUCUGCACAGGCUAGACAGCAAGUUCUAGAAGAUCCUUAAAGUGUGGGCUCCAGUUCGAGGAGUCCCCAAAAGUAUAAGAUAUUUGGAACCUCAUAAACAUUCACUUAGUGUGAGCAACAUACCUACCUUUGAAAUUAGCACCGACUCAAACAAGAAAUAAUUUGUCAAAACAGAUACUGCAGGAAAUCUAGGAGGGGUCCACAUCCUCACCUUUAGUUUACCCACCAGGUCUCCCAGGUUUUUGUUUUUGUUUGUUUUUGUUUAGUGGAAAAGAAGGUAUGAUGGAUGAGUCAUGGUCUACUCCCAGAUUUGUCAUGGCUGUUUCUCCAGCCCUUUCCCCAGAGAGUAGAAGAUUUCCAGAGUGUCAUGUAUAUGGGACCACCUUACAAAUCAUUAUCAUCACAUUUCUGUUCUGCCUUAGGUAAAUGAUGCCAUUGGGAAUGAAUGGCCCUGGAUCUACUUUGUCAGCCUCAUCUUACUUGGGUCGUUUUUUAUCCUUAAUCUGAUCCUGGGUGUGCUCAGUGGGUAAGCCGCUCAUAGCAUGUGGUAUGCUAUCUACUCUCUCAGCAGCAUCAACAUGGCAGUCUGUCCUGAAUGUGACUUAAAACAGUUUAAGUCCUAUGAGGAAAUGAUGAUUUUUUUUUUUAUGUUGCUGGAAAAAUGCAUGAAAGCUUCCUUUCCUUUGUCUCAUAUUACAGUAGCUCCAUUUCCCACUGCCAGACCUGAUGCAUCAAUAGAAUGCUAGGGCCUGAAAGGGACAUCAUAGACAUAUGAGCACAUACUGUGGUGCAGCAUGGAUAGAGUACACUCAAGCAGUUGCAUGUUGCUCUGCUUGCAACAUAUUGGACUGGCUGGGGACACUUCGCAAGCAUGGCACUGCCAGGACUAGGGGUGGUGCAAAGCAGGGACUUUUCAGCAGUAUGAACCAGCACACUGCUCUUUCAUGUUGAACCACAGUAAAACAUUAAGUAUGGCUUAACACGAUUAUCUUAGUAAUCCUUCUAACCCUCACCUUGUAAUGUAGGACACUUUAAUUAGGUCCAGAUUCUAGCAGGGAGGUGUGUGUGUGUGUGUGUGUGUGUGUGUGUGUGUGUGUGUUUAAAGCACAGAGCUAGUGGCUUGACUGAAACCACCAAGUCACUACUGAGUGAGACUUGAACUCAGGACCGACUCCCUGACCCAUCACUAUGCCAUACAAGUUCUCAUCUGAGUUUUCCCCCCAGGGAAUUCACCAAAGAGCGUGAGAAAGCCAAAUCACGGGGUACCUUCCAGAAACUGAGGGAGAAGCAGCAGUUGGAGGAAGACAUGAAAGGCUACAUGGACUGGAUCACCCAUGCAGAAGUCAUGGAUAGCGACCGGACACGUGGAGAAGGUACUAAGCUUUUUAUUAUUGUCGUUUUGGUUUUGUUUAUUCUGGCCUGUUGAUGAUACUGCAUAGAAUCAAUAGGGCUGAGAGCAGUGCUUGCUGGGAAAUGUAGUCUGAGAGAAAAGGAGAUUAGGAAGCAGGAAGGAAAAUCGAAGGCCUGGGCAAAGUUGCAGAGCUACGUAGCAUUUGAUGUUAAUGGAUUUGUAAAUAACACAACAGGUUUCUUACCUUUCUUCAUCUUUCACAGGAAUGAUGCCAUCAGACGAAGGUGGCUCAGAGACAGAGAGCCUGUAUGAGAUUGAGGGCAUGAAUAAAUGGAUUUUGUUUUUGUAAGUAGCAUGCAUAUCAUGCAUGGCAAUCCAAACAUGCUCAUGUCCUGCUGUAGUGCAAGAGCCCCAAAGCUCUCAAAUCUUGCUGGGAGCAUCACUUUUACUUCUUUUUUCAAAUAUCCCCCCCCCCCCAUAUCUUUGGAAAUGUGAGUAUUCAUUUUUAAAAAAUCAAAAUAUUUCCCAUGUUGGACCUUUCUGCACUCCACAGCAAUUUCUCUCACUCUAUCUCUUUAAUGCAAUGCUCGUUAAAUCCCAAAGCCAGAGAUGUCCAGUAUCAGUCAGAUCAUCUCUGUCAACUGAGUAAAUGAAGGAUUGAGACCCCUUUGUGUUUUUACACUGUAGAGUCAAAGAACCAUAGCAGACCCUCCAAGUGUCCCUAUUUUCCAGGAACUUCCCAGAUUUACAAAAGCCAUCCCAGUUUCUGAUUUGAUCCUAGAAUGUCCUGCUUUUCCUUAGGACAUCCCUAUUAUCAUCAGAGAAAUGUUGGAGGGUAUGGUAGGAUGUCCCUAUUUUAUCGGAGAAAUUUUGGAGGGUAUGGAGUUAUCCUACCCCUGAGCCAUUUGAAGGCAAUCCUGUAUAGGGAAAUUUUUAAUGUUUAUUAUGUUUCUAUAUAUGUUGGAAGCCACCCAGAGUGGCAACCCAGUCAGAUGGGUGGGAUAUAAAUAGUAAAAUUAUUAUUAUUAUUGAAUAGGAUGUCCCUAUUUUCAUCAGAGAAAUGUUGGAGGGUAUAUCAUAGAGUUGGAAGCAUUUUCUCCCUGCACCCCCAUCUAUCUGUUGUGCCACCAACCACGAGAACCAUGCUCGCUUCCCGCCUUUUCUUGCGCCAGCCAUUCUGCUAGCACUACUAGUGCACUGCUAAGGUACUUUAACUUAGCAUAACAUUGAAUUUCUCCCAGAGACCACAGGGAUUAUUUAUUCUUCCAUCUGCACCUGCAGUUUUGAUGGCCUUGUUAGGCCUUAUAUGGUCCCCUUAAAGAGGCACAAACUAAAUAUUUGGAAGCCAUCCUGGAGAUUGCAGAUACCUAGGGAAGAAGGUGAACGUUGUGUUUUGCAGGCCUGCUUUAGAGCUGUAUCACCACAACCAUAUUAGUAAGAGUGAUGCUUUUCAAAAGUCCUGUGAAAUUCUAAACACAGGCGCUAGAGCAAGUGAAAACUAAGAAUAGGUAGAGUUCUGAAGCCGUUUUCAGGGGUUCAUGUGCCACCAUUCUGGUUUUAACUGUCUCCUUUUUCUCUAGUCGACACUGGCGACGAUCGAACCGUCUUCUCCGCAGGAAAUGCCGCGAACUGGUUAAGUCCAGGUUUUUCUAUUGGUUUGUCCUCUUGAUUAUCGCGUUGAACACCAUCUCAAUAGCUACUGAGCAUCACCAACAACCUGAUUGGCUGACCAAGGCUCAAGGUGAGUUGGGCACUCUGUUUAAGGGAACUUUGAAGGUUCUGAUUAACAGGGGGUGGUGCUGUGAUGCUCUCAAUCCUAAACUUCCUUGCUUGAUCCUCCUUUCUGCUUCUCAGUGCCCUAGUCCCACUUUAACCCCAUGCCAAACAUGUUCCCAUACCAAUAUACUUCCUUCUUGCCUCAAGCAGCAACUGCAUUUAAUAUAGUUUAGCCCUAACCAUAAUGUAAGAGGUUGAUUCUAAGGUGUGAAAGGCAAAAGUCAAAGGGAAAACUGAACAGACAGCAGGGGAACAUAGGACAGGAAGUAUAUUGGUAUAUAUAUUUAAAUUGGAAACUGGAAAAUGUUAUUCAAAAUGCAAGAGCAGCAAGAACUUUGCUCAGUUAUUUCCUUACCUGCUACCUUAACAACCCAUAUUUAGAGGGCCAUUAUCAAGAAGUUUCAACCCUACCUUAGAUUUUCAACACGUGCUGUGUUUAGGAAUUAGAAGGGUCUCAGCAUACAGGCUACCCCCUCCCCCCGCAAACCCCUAACAUUAUACACCCGCUACAUGUAACGGGUAGCUUGGUUCUUGCAUGCACUCUUAACAACUUCUGUUAGCUGGCUUCUGCAAGUGGAAGCACUAUUUACCAGCAGAGGAGAACUGAGUAGAGUGAAGGAAGUAAUUCUGGACUUCCUGUCUCCACUUCUUCCUCCCAACCCUCAUGCUCUCUCUCUGAAGAGGAAUUGGGCUCCUCAUGGUCAGAGAUCUGGUCCAUUCAUCAUUUUGCUUACAGAUAUUGCCAACCGGGUGCUUCUGGCCCUCUUCACGAUAGAGAUGAUUCUUAAGAUGUAUGCUCUGGGCUUCCGCCAGUACUUCAUGUCAAUCUUCAACCGCUUUGAUUGCCUUGUGGUGUGCACUGGCAUCCUAGAGAUCAUACUGGUGGAAAUUACCUCCAUGACACCCCUGGGCAUCUCUGUUUUGCGGUGCAUUCGCCUGCUGAGGCUCUUCAAAAUAACUAAGUGAGUAUGACAACCAUUUCCCAUAGGACUUGGCUUCCAGAACCUUUGCCAUCCUGGUGAGAUGCAGGAGGCUUGGAAGCAGAACAGAAGCAUCCAGCUAGUUUUGGAAACAUAAUGCUAGACUAGAUGCAUCUCUCAUACUAUCUGGCAGAGCUCCUUUGUAUUCAUUUGGUGGCCAUAGUGUUGGUCACAUCCGCACCAUACAUUUAAAGCACUCCCAUAGCACUUUAACAGUCAUGGCUUCCCCCACCCCACCCCCAAAAUUCUGGGAGCUGUAGUUUGUUAAGGGUGCUGGGAACUAGUUCUGCAAGGGGUCUCCUAACAACUCUCCGCACCUUUAAUGAACUGCAGUUCCCAGGAUUCUUUGGGGGGAGCCAUGACUGUUAAAGUGCUUUAAAUAUUUGGUGCGCUUGUGACCACCGUGUGGCUACCUGCUUCAAGUCCAUCUCUACGAAGUAAAAGAGGAUGUGAGAUUUCAUCUCCUGGUGUCUCUGAGUGAGGCUGAACAAAUUGAUUAAAUCUGCCACCUGUUCUCUGCCUACGUAUCUGUAGUGGAGAGCAGUGAUUUGUCAAACGUUCCCUUGGAUGAACUAUGAUGUUUGAAAAUAGCUUCUCUAGUCCUGGGAACUAGUCAUGUUAGGUACCAAGCUAGAUUAGAUGGUAGAACAGAAGAUGGAGUCAUCCAGGCAUAGCAAUCUCCCUGCCGAUUGCAACUGAGCACACUGAGCAGCUGUACUUAAUAUAGCCAACAGUAUGUCUCGUAUACAGAUCGAUGCUAUGUUGUUUUAAUGUCUUUAUUUGAGCUGCUAUAGUCUUUGUUUGGUCUUUGGCAUAUCCCACCUUGGCAUCACUUCUUGGAUGAAGAGCGGGUGAAAAAAGCAAAUAAAUAAAUUGUGUUUGUUGCCCUAUUGGAUGUGGCUGCACAUGCUCAACUGCAUUCAAGAUGGCAGCCAUGAGAUUAUAACUAGUUUUAGUUAAUUAGUCAUUAGGAUGAUUUAUAUUCUCUGUCUUUAGCUAGAAAGCUGCACUUCAAAGCUUGGCUCCUGGAUCUGCAAGUAUCUUAGCAUCUUCACAUAGGUGUGCACAUAACGUUGGUGUCCCUCUCUAGGUAUUGGACCUCUCUGAACAACUUAGUGGCAUCUCUGCUGAACUCAGUGCGCUCCAUCAUCUCCCUCCUCACUCUCCUCUUCCUCUUCAUGACCAUCUUUGCCCUAUUAGGGAUGCAACUUUUUGGAGGGAGGUUUGACUUUGAUGAUACAGUGAUACGGCGCAGCACCUUUGAUAACUUCCCUCAGGCUCUCAUCACUGUCUUUCAGGUACAACUUGGGGGUUUUAAUAAGCCAGUUUAAGGGCAGGGUUUUGUAGGUGACAAUUGUUGUCUUCUGUACUAAGUUCUGGCAGAAAAUGGGUGACCAAUGGGGGAAAUAGGAAUCUGUGAAUUGUGGGAUAUUGUCUGAGCUUUGGGAACGCAUAGACUUUUUGGACAAUGGGGCCUGAGAAAAGGGUCUUUAACGAAGAGGUCUUCAAACUCAGAUGAGAACCUAAUGCAGUCUUCCCCAACCUGUUGUCCUCCAAAUGUUGUUGGACAACAACUCCCAUCACCCCUGACCAUUGGCCAUACUGGCUGGGAUUGAUGGGACCAGAUACCCAACAAUAUUUGGAGGGCACCAGGUUGGAGAAGCCAGGCCUCAUGCAAUGGUUGUGCUCAGGAUACCCUGUUGCUGCUAAUAUCUCACUCAUCUACUUCUAGGUCCUGACUGGGGAAGACUGGACUUCUGUUAUGUACAAUGGCAUAAUGGCUUAUGGAGGGCCAGUUUACCCUGGUGUGCUGGUCUGCAUUUACUUCAUUGUUCUCUUUGUCUGUGGGAAUUGUAUCCUUUCUUUGCCCCAUUAGGGGGGUGGAGUCCUCUAUUAAUAGAGUCAGAUAAAAGCUCUUCUUUACUGAAUUCUCAUGCAUUCAUUUUGCAACAUCACCAUAAGAUGCAAUGUAAGUAUUUCUCACAGCAUUUCAUGGUGACAGCAUUUCAUGUUGGUCCAUUUUCUGUCCACGCAGUAGAUGGGUGUGUGCAUGUGGCUAUGAGGACCAGUACACAAUCUGCACACCAGGGUCCUCAUUUUUGAAAUGAGGUUCCCAUUUCUUCUGACUGCUUCCUGCACUUUUCAUUCUGCUCUACCUGCCAAACUGAAUGGUGUGGGAAGCUGUACCCCAUUGUUAGGAUUAUUAGCUUAUUAAGAACAUGCUCUUAAGUCUUAUUUAUUUAUAAAUAUAGAGACCAUCCCUCAUGUCAAAUAUCAGGGCAGUGUACAACCACAUGUACAAAAGAGAUAAAACAAUAUGUAAUGAUCAUAAAAGUGACUAACUCACCUUAAACAAUUAAAACAUUGAAUAGGCCUGUUGACAUAGUCUUCAAGAGCCAUCUGAAGGUCAGAAUUGAGGAUGCCUGCCAAAUCUCUGCUCGAAGAGUAUUUCAUAGCAUGGGAUACUAAAUGCCCAACUUCUUCCUGAAUCCAGUCAAGCUUCUGAAACGUGGGGAACAACCAACAGCAUUUCUUGAUCUCAGUGAUCAUGCUGGGAUAGAAGGGCUCAGGGAGUCCUUUGGGUAUCCUGGAUGCAAAUUGCUCAGGGCUUCAGGUUUAUAUUACCUAAACUCACACUGUAUAAUUCCUUAGCCUUCCUCCCCACAACCCAGAUAUCUUGCUCAAUGUUUUCUUGGCUAUUGCCGUGGACAACCUUGCUGAAGCUGAAACUUUGACCUCUGCCCAGAAAGCCAAAGCUGAAGAGAGGAAGAAAAAGAAAAUGGGCCGGUCAGUUGUGCCUCCUGGUGGCCAUGACAAUAUCUACCUCUGGGUUCUCAUCUGGGACCCAACAGGGGGCUUGGCUGAACUGUAAGGUGUUUCCCGCCCCGCCCCCCCAAUAAUAGCUUCCCCUUGGCUUCACUUCCCUCUCCUCUUGCUUUCUUGGUUCUUCACUCUAGAGGUUACCCGGAGAAGUCAGAAGAGGAAAAGCAGUUGCUGGCUAAGAAGCUGGAACAGAAAGCCAAGGGAGAAGGAAUGCCCACCACAGCCAAGGUCAGCCAUGGGUGACUAGGAGCGGAUGAAUCAGUCAAUAUUGCUUUUUCUCCGUUUGUCCCUUUUCCAAUCCAGAGUUCAGUUCCCCACAUUUCCACAUCGGUAUGCAAAUUUAUAUUUAAAAAGUCCUCAUGAAAAUUCAUCAGCAUUGUGGUACAAAUUUCUCCUGUGAAUUUUCUAUGCAGGUUUAUCUAAAAAAACACAUUCCUGCAAAUCCAUUUCCCCCAAUAGAAUUCAUUUUUGAUGUUAUUUAAUUAAUAUAUGCAUUUUUAUGCACACUUCACGCUAGUGUGUGCAUUUUUGUACACAUUUCUUGGCUGGAGAACUGUGUUGAGAAAUUUGGAAAGAUUUCAACGGAUCACUGCGUUUCUCUCCACUUUCAGAGAGUGUGAAUUAGGUAGAUUCACCUUUCAAUGCAGACUGAAUGGAAUGUCUCCCCCAUGGGUGACAGCAACAUCUGCCGCCUUUCGUUUUAUUUUUUUGUUUAGGUUUUUUAAAAAAAGCCCCCACAAAACACUGUACGAUAGAGACAGUAUAAACAGAAAUUUUAAAAAUGGUUAAGAAUCCCUUAAGAAUAAACAAUACAAGAAAAGCAAUGUCAUUUUAAAUAGAUGAGCAGAAAUCAGUCCUCUGAAACAGGAAGGUUUUCAGAGCAUGCCUAGAAACUGUAUCAGAGUGAGCUUGCCUAUGCCGCUGAGCUUCCUUUCAUUUUUAUUUCUUCUGUUCAGUUGAAAGUGGAUGAGUUUGAAUCAAAUGUCAAUGAGAUCAAGGACCCCUAUCCCUCCGCUGACUUCCCAGGUAAGGAAGGUUUGUCUCUUUCAUUCCCACCACAGGAAUGAAGAGAAUUCUGGGCUGAACUGACUUAAUGCUGUGUUGGGAUGUUGAGAUAAAGGUAAAGGUAAAAGGACCCCUGACCGUUAGGUCCAGUCGUGACCAACUCUGAGUUUGCGGCGCUCAUCUUGCUUUAUUGGCCAAGGGAGCCGGCGUACAGCUUCCGGGUCAUGUGGCCAACAUGACUAAGUCGCUUCUGGCGAACCAGAGCAGCAACGGAAAUGCCGUUUACCUUCCCGCCGGAGCAGUACCUAUUUAUCUACUUGUACUUUGACGUGCUUUCGAACUGCUAGGUUGGCAGGAGCAGGGACUGAGCAACGGGAGCUCACCCCGUCACAGGGAUUCGAACCGUCGACCUUCUGAUCGGCAAGUCCUAGGCUCUGUAGUUUAACCCACAGCACCACCCGUGUCCCUUAGGGAUGUUGAGAUACUCUGAUGCUUAUAUUUUGGCUUAAUAGCAAGCCUAGAAAUGAGUGAACCUUUUGGCUAUGCAUGUAGCGCCUCUGCAUGAAGCUUUUCAGUGACCGACUGUGUGUCCUGCAGGUGACGAUGAAGAAGAUGAGCCUGAAAUUCCACUGAGUCCUCGGCCACGUCCUCUGGCAGAGCUGCAGUUGAAGGAGAAGGCAGUGCCCAUGCCCGAAGCCAGCUCAUUCUUCAUCUUUAGCCCAACCAACAAGUAGGCCUUACUCCUUCCUCUCUCUCUCUUACCUAGGCACACAACAGAAACUGAAUAGGUUUCUGAACUGGCUAGGAAUUCAGAUACGAAGACGAUCUAACCGGGAAUAUUUGCCACUAGGCACAAAUUCCUUCCUGGCCAGGCUUGCUUAACCUCGGCAAAGACAUCAGUAUAGGCAGAUGCCUUCGAUUCAGACUAUCCUCUUGGUCUUCAGACUUUCCUUGAAUGGUUAUUAAACUAGCACCACAGCUGUAAAAGUGCUGCAGUUUGGCAGUGAAAGGACCGUAAAGUAGUAAUUCCUUUAGUAAUGUUAUGGACUGGUUUGUCCAAGAACCCACAUAAACACAGGCUCAAUUCACUCAACAAUUCUGCUCUACAAAUUGUGCCCAUAUUCCAAAUGUACUCUGAGGGGGAUAGAAACAUCACAUGUGCACUUUCUACCAGCACAUUGAUGAACAGUGUAAUUCCCCCAUUGGGUGCCCUUUGUACUAUGAACUCUUUUGCUUAAGCAGAAUAUGACCUUCCCUUUCUUUCCCUAAAUUGUCCUCUUCAGGAUCCGUGUACUGUGCCACCGGAUUGUGAAUGCCACCUGGUUCACCAACUUCAUCCUCCUCUUCAUUCUGCUCAGCAGCGUCUCACUGGCAGCUGAGGAUCCAUUACGGGCUGAGUCCUUCAGGAAUAAGGUGACUAGAUAGACUUGCUUGCGCUACUGGCAAGGUACCAGUGGGUGGUCCAGAGUGACUUACGAAAGCCCUGCAUCCAUUGUAAUUGCCUCCUGGUGAAAACUACUUGGUAUGAAAUUGAAACAACAUGCAAAAGGCAACAACAGGAAGCUGUAGAUGAAAAUAAGUGACUGGUUUUCAUGCAUAAAUCGCAGAAAGCCAAAGAGUGUCGUUCUGACCCAAAGUCUUUAUUUAAAAGUCAUCUCUUCAUGAAACUCAAUAAGGAUGGAGCCAAUCAUAUCAUACAACCAAUAAGAAGCAAUUAUUUUAAAAGGAGAAGAUAAUGGACAACUAGUAAAAAGUUAAAAGUAUUCAUGGCUAAAUGUAUUUGCAAACUAAAAUAAUAUGUAGAGGAAAAACAGGUUUGCUUGGGGAUAACCAAAAAUAUUUCUGCAAUCAUUUGUUUUUAGAAAUCAGAGUACUGUUCAUGCUGGUUUAGCUGGGACUACCUGGAGACUGCAAAAUGAGCUUGAAGAAAUAGGAGAUUCUGUUAAUAAUAUUCAGAUAAUAUUUCUUCUAUAGUUCUCAUUCCAGAACCCAGCAAAUUUGCUAAAAGACAUGUUUGUAUAUAUAGCAACAGAGUUGCCCUGACAAAAAUAGCAUCCUGUUUCUUUGCUUGUUUUAUCUCCAGAUUCUAGGAUAUUUUGACAUUGGCUUCACUUCUGUGUUCACAGUGGAAAUCGUUCUAAAGGUGAGUCACACUUAGAGAUGUUGUGGAAUUCCAAUGGAAUCAUAAAACGGGAAUGGAAAUCACCAAUGUUUACUUAUUCAUCUUUUCUCCAUUGUGCUGAGUUGGCAAUCUGAACAGUUAACCACCUGUACAAAUAGCGGGCAUCAAAUUCAAGCUUGCCAACUCUCUGUGCUGAUGAUGAAGUGUUCGUUCUCAGACAACUGCUUCAUCCUGAACACAGCAGUCAACAUCCACAGGUCCAAUGAUUUACAGAAUUAGGCUGCUGAGAGAAGUAUCCUCAAAGUAAUACAAAAACUGGGCCUAACUGAGUCUUCCUGCUCCCCACAGAUGACUACUUAUGGUGCUAUCCUACACAAGGGAUCCUUCUGCCGCAACUAUUUCAACAUCCUGGACUUGCUCGUUGUGGCUGUCUCUCUUAUCUCCAUGGGAUUUGAGUAAGCAUUGUGAUGGAAGAACAGGCCUGGGUUUUAUCAAUCUGUGGUAGGGCCAACUCUGAGGGAAGUAGGAUAGGGGUUAACAUUCUCCUUGUGUCUUUGGCAGCAACUGUGGGAUAUGAGGGAUGUAUCAGUGUGACCAUAGAGUAGUAAGAAAUACCCUGAAAUAUAAAGGAAAACAUUGUAAUGAGAAGCUGACCGUCUCUCAGACCCUGAAAACUAGGAGCUCCAUGAAGAGUAGUGAGCUCUGCUCCCAAAGCAAUGAAUAUUCACAGCCAUCAUUAUCAGUCAACAUACUGAGGCCUCAUCCACACUCUACAUUUGCAUCGAUUUUAUACUAUUUUAACUGUUUUCUCCAAAGAUUCCUGCAGACUUCAAUUUCUUGAGAGUACCGGGAAUUGUUAAGAAAUUUCUAUCCCUCUCACAGAGCUAUAAUCCCCAGAGUUCCUUGGAAAAAGGGAUUGGCUGUUAAACCAGUUUAGGUCUGUGGUGUGGGUGUGCUCUGAGAGUCAAACAGUUAUCCUUCACCCCCACUGCAUCGGUAUGAGAAGUGGAUGUACAAUCAGUUCCUGUAGUUUGAUCCUACUGACUGGGUUGUGAAAGUCUUAGUUGCUGCAAAGGUCUGCCUUUUUCCUCCGAUGGUACCCUCACCCUCGUUCAAAGGCUCUUUGGUUCUGUAAUUUACUGUGGCUGGUUGUACCAUCUAGAGUUGGGAGUAAAGUGAGGAAAUUUGGGACGGUGUACAAGCAUACAGUUAUUUCCUGCUGUUUUCAUGGGGGAAUCAUGGGCGAACAGAAGCACACAUGUGCGGAAGGGGUGGAGGAGUAGUGACAUCGCCCAGUGAUGUUUUCUUGUUGUGUCACUCCACACUCACAGAUGUGCAUGAAAUUUAGCGUACAUCUAUCAAAAAGCCAUCGUUCCAUUACACAAGAAGUACUGCAUUGUGAAAGGAAUGUUAGAAAAUGGUUCAGAAGUGCUAGCAUUACAAUCAGGAAAACUAGGGCAAUGCAGUAUUCCGCAUGUCUGAAUGCACCCUGCAGUGGUUUUGCCUUCUGAAGAAUUCUCUGAAGCCGCCCCGGUAGCAAGGCAGUCCUAUAUCAUUCUCUGGUUCGUGGUCCCAACCAUAGAAUGGCCCAUUCAAUCACUAGAUAUAAUCAAAAGGCCAUAGUCAUUCUUUGUAGGCAGGGCAGAAUCCAUGUAACAUAAGCACAAUAAGGGUUCCCGCUGUAAUGUUUUCCUCAUAUUCUGCCACAGGUCCAGUGCCAUCUCAGUAGUGAAAAUCCUCAGGGUGCUCAGAGUACUGCGACCACUGAGAGCCAUUAACAGAGCAAAGGGGCUGAAGGUGAGUGGGGUUGUAGGAAUGUUUUCCUCUUCUGGAUAACCCAGAAAUCAGGGAUAGUAAGGGAAAUGUGAUGACCUCUCUAAGCCAGCAGCAUGCAUUGAAAUGUAUGCAAGAACCAGGCAAAGCAAUCUCUACUUAUAUUUUGCUGGACCGCAGUUAUUCAGAAAAAUCACAGUGAGCAAUGGACAAAUAAAAUCUAACCAACCUCUCUUUCUCUCUCUAGCACGUAGUACAGUGUGUUUUUGUGGCUAUCAAGACCAUCGGCAACAUUGUGCUUGUCAGUGCCUUGCUACAGUUCAUGUUUGCCUGCAUUGGGGUGCAGCUCUUCAAGGUGACAGUCUUUCCUAGAUAGAAUGAACUUCCACACUGUUUGAGUCCAUGAGUUUGUAAAAGCUUGUUUAUAUAAACAAGGAUAGCUUGCUGCCAGAGAUAAUCAAUUCAGGGCCCCUAUACUGAAUUAACCAUUCUCAUUUGUCUCGGUUGGCCGAAUACCUUUGGUUUGGUCUGGUCACCCUCAGGUCCUUCUGUGAUGUGUAACCUUCCUUUAAAAAAGCAUAUUCAAUCCUCCAAACCUACCCAGAUGAUGGUCUAAGUGUGUGACAUCACACACACACACAACGCACAACGGGCCCUCUCAAUCUUGGGUGCAACAUGGUGCCAAUGCAGCCUGUCAAUACAUACCUCAAGGAAGCUAAUAACAUCACUGCAGUUUCCUCACAGUCAAUGUGUAAGUCACUUGCAAAAUCUUAUUCCCUUUCAAUACAACUCCCACAUGCUUUGCCAGUCAGCAACGGGAAACUGUCGUGAAUUACUGUCUCCUCUCCUUCAGCAGUAAAAACUGGGCCUGGGCUUUUGUGUAGCUGGAAACAUUCACUUUUCAGUACUCUCAGGACUGUUGAGGCCAUAAUUGGGAAACAGCCAAAUACCAACAAUCCCUAUAACUUUUGAUCUCUGUUUUAAAUGUAGGGGAAGUUCUUUAGCUGCACAGAUUCAACCAAGAUCACUGCAGAAGAAUGCAGGUAAGCCUUGGUUAUGCGUCAUAGUCUUCUGCAGCCUGGGACACUAUAAUUGUAGUGUGACGGGAAGCUGUGGGCCAGAGUAGUUUUUGCGUUAACAGAGCAAUAAAAGAAAAAAAACACCCCAUUAUGCCAGGCUGGGGUCGGUGGGUGGGUGGUAUCCCUCCAUCCAGCCCUGCCAGCCUCUGCCAGUGUCUUUCUGCAGAGUGACUCCUGUGUUACUCUGUUGAUGCAGUACUCUUCCACUCACCAAAUGUGUGAGCAGACAGAAGUGCUACCAAUGGGUUCCCCAGCAGUGGCAGCCAGUGGCAAGCCCCAGACAGGAUGUUCUAGGGCCAAGGAGGGGAUGAGCCAGCCUGGGAUUCAUUGGAUCAGUCUUAUGCAACUUGAACAAGUUCCUUUUUUGCUGUAGUGACUGCCGUUGAGUGACUAUCUCAGCAUUGGUGAAAUGUUAGGCUACAAUCCUUAACUUAACUCAGUGGAACUUGCUUCCAAGUAGACCUGCAUAGAACUGUACUGUAGUCUAAUACGAAUUAACAGAAGGUGCAGGCUCCUUGUCUGUAACUAAUAUAAAGUUUCUUGUCCCAGGGGAUACUUCAUCACAUACGUCGAUGCUGAUCCAACGCAGGUUGUGGAGGACAAGCGAAUGUGGAAACUCAAUGACUUCCACUUUGAUAAUGUAUUGUCAGCCAUGAUGUCUCUCUUCACUGUUUCCACCUUUGAAGGAUGGCCUAAGUGAGUUCAGAACCCAGCAUGGGGCAAAGUGCAAGGUGGGCUGUUGGGAAUUGUCAGAAGGAUUAGCUGGUAUGCUGCUACUGUUGCUAAUUAGCUAUACUGUGCAAGCAAAAUAACACUGAAAGGGGAAGCUUUAAUGCAUCUCGCUAACGAUGUUAUAGACACUAUAUGCAGAGAGCUACACCAGACAUUCAUGUAACCAUGGCAAUUGAUGCAGUUACUGGGGUUUUUAAAAAACAUGUUUUCUCAGCAACAAAAUAUUGUGCUUUGAGAAUCAGAAAGCAUAAUACAUCAACAGAGCAAUUUAAGGAAAAGUUGCCUGGAACCCACUCAAUAAAAGAGUUAUAGCUCUACAUUUAUUUAACUAUACUGAUUUUUUGGAAAACCCUUUGAGAGUGGGCCGCCCCUGUCAGAGGAGGCAUGGAUACCUGAGUUGAUAACCCAUCGAGCAAAGUCCUUUCAUAGCCCACUUCUUCAAAGGUCUUUUACCCAGGCCCGUUAAUCUCGACCGCUGUUCUAACUCUUCCAGGUUAUUGUACAAAGCAAUUGACACAAGCGCUGAGGACGUGGGCCCCAUCUACAACUAUCGCAUGGGCGUUGCCAUCUACUUCAUCAUCUAUCUCAUCCUCAUAGCCUUUUUCAUGAUGAACAUCUUUGUAGGUUUUAUCAUCGUAACCUUCCAGGAGCAGGGUGAAACAGAGUACAAAAACUGUGAGCUGGACAAGAACCAGGUAUGGCACAUAAUGCUAAGAUAAUGAACAAGAAACCCUAAAGUAUGGAAGGCACUGCCUAGCCUUUUUUGGCCCCAUUCCCACAUUGUAUUUCUUCUCGCUCCAGCGCCAGUGUGUGCAAUAUGCACUCAAAGCACGCCCUCUGAGAUGCUACAUUCCCAAGAACCCCUACCAGUACCAGAUAUGGUAUAUUGUGACCUGCUCCUACUUUGAGUACCUUAUGUUCUUCCUGAUCACAUUGAACACCAUCUGCUUGGGCAUGCAGGUAUGGAUGAGUGGAACAGCUGCCCAGCUGUAGAAUGGCAGCAGUAGUGAUGAUUGUGGGAUCCUGAGUUCUGCCUGGAGAAGAAGAAUUACAAAACAGUGCCCCUAUAAUGAGCACUUGCUGAUCUGGUGUUUAGAAAUAUGGGUGGGUCUUAUUAUCCAUCGGUUGUACACUACACACAAUGUAACUGAACUGGGAUGUUAUUCCAGGGAUUCCAAUAUAGAAAACAGUGGUACCUCAGUUUAUGAGCUUAACCCGUUCCAGAAGUCCUUUCUUAAACCAAAACUGUUCUUAAACCGAGGCAUGCUUUCCCUAAUGAGGCCUACUACCGCCGGUGCCCUUCCACUGUUCGGAUUCCAUUCUUAGACUGAGGUAAAGUUCGCAAACCAGGACACUACUUCCGGCUUUGCAGAGUUCGUAAACCGAAUCGUUCGUAUACAGGGCGGUUCUUAAACCGAGGUACCACUGUACAAGUGAGCAAUGAGAGGCAUUGUUAGUACAGGUAUGUUGGAUAAGUGGGGUUUUACAUCCAUACAGCUCACUCAUCAUGGUGAGCCUGUUCUCUGCAUGUGUAUCUCUUUUACUUGUUAUCUAGCAAUCAAUAUGAUUUCUCCCUUUGGCAUAAUAUAGACUUCCUUUGGGUCUACAGGGCUUUGUUUCUAACUCAAACCAACGCUCUAUUAAUCAUCUACUUUUAACCAUCUUUACAGCAUUAUAAUCAAUCAGAGACAAUGGACCAUCUCUCAGAUAUCCUUAAUGUGGUCUUCACCCUUCUCUUUACUGUGGAGAUGAUCCUUAAACUUAUAGCCUUCAAGGCUAAGGUGAGUUUGGGAUAUGGACCUAUAAGGCUCCUUGAGGGAAGUGGGUCUGUCAUUUUGCUUAGAGCAGUGGUGGAAAGCGAUGGCCCUCCAUACAUCAUUGGACUACAACUCCCAUGAGCCUGAGCCAGCAUAGUCAUAGCCAGGGAUGAUGGGAGUUGUAGUCAAACUACAUUUGGAGAGCCACAGGUUCCCUAUAUCUGGCUUAGAGUUACAUGCCACACUUUAAGGGGGAUACUGCUGGGGAGGAGGGAAUGGUUGCAUGUAAGUUUUUUUUUAGUCCUAACCAAGUCACACAAGUUUCAACAUCGGUCCUUAGGUUGGGAAGGUGCCAGAAAGGUCCUGGCUUACUUCUUUGAAACCUACUUUCUUAUUCCUUUUCCCCCAGGGCUACUUUGGGGACCCUUGGAAUGUCUUUGAUUUCCUUAUAGUCGUUGGCAGCAUCAUUGAUGUCAUCCUGAGUCAGAUUGAUGUAAGUGAAAGGCUCCCAGCACUGGAUGAGUGUGGGGGCUGGGAACAUGUCAAACUGGGCAGGCAUGAAAGUGAAGAAGAGUAGAAAACUGUUCCUCAUGCUAAUAUAGCAGCAUCAGUCUCCCAACUUUUCCACAGUUGUGAUUAUUGCAUGUCUAAACAGAAUAUCUGUUUCACAGAAGCUAUUGUUUUACUUCAGUUUCCUUCUGGAGAUAAGAGGGUUUAUUGCCUUUAAGCUAAGGGAAUGGUAGGCAUCUCACAAUCCACAAAUGUGGAUAAGUUCAGUGGAUACUGUGAGUUUCAGGCAUCAAGAAGUAUUUUGAGGUGACCUUUCCUUGAUCAUAACUAAUGGACUGAUGUGGCCCCAUGCCCAGGACAUUUCACCUGCCUAGUAAUCUCUGUGUUCUCUCUAAGCAUAUGUUCUUGGCAAGUAAUAUGUAGCUGGCAAAUUUAGUAUAAAGUCAACUUUGAGAUGGUUUGCCUCAUGGUACCUGCAGAUCAUUUUUGUUUUGCUGUCCAUGGCAACCAUGCUUUGAGUAUUUGCUUAUUAUGUCUGCUUACAGUGUGACUAUUUUCAUGGCAACACUUGCAUAUAUAAAUUGUGCCUUCUAUAUAUAUAUGUGCAUGGAUGCUAUAAUACACACCAGAGUAUAUUGAAAAUAUACCAUGGGUGGAAUAGCACAUGUGUACUCUGCAUUGCAUAUGAAUUUAAAGAAAGGACAAGAGUAGAUAUUGCUGGGUUAAAAAUGCAUUUAUGUGCCUUCAUGUUCUCAGUGCACUGCUAAUGCUACUAUUUUCAGUUAUCUAUGGCUACAGAAACAGCUUUAGAAGGAGGUAGAUCUAGAACAGCUUUCAUCAAUAGUGUACAUGCCUGAUUCAGUAUUACUAAGACCAAAACCAUCAUCUCUUUAUACUGAACAUUGUCUUCCUUUAAAUACUCCAAUCCCUGGAAAAACCUGCUGUGUUUCUUUCUAGCUCCAGCUUGCCUCUAGCCAGUGCUAGAGUAUUAGGAAAUGUCAGUGCAAAUAUCUACCCUGCUUGAUGAGUUGUUUCCAAGCCCAAGUACAAAGAGUCACUCCAAGGAUGUAGCUUUAAGAUACAGCUGAACUUUUUGUUGUUCUCUUAUUAGGCGAGCAGGGGAUGGAAGGUAUCUUUGGGGACAUGCAAAGAUCUACAAGAUCUACUAGAUUUACACCCACCUCAAUGCUUGCUGAAUAUGCCCUGAUUCAUUAAAUGCCAAAAAAACUCUGGUGAGAGAUCUAUAUGCUAAGUAGUUAAGGUGAAAUGGGAUCAAGUUCAAUGGUAUUUAGGAAUUUAGUCUGAGGACUUGGGAACUGGUAAGUAUUCUGCUUCCCUUGCCUUUGCACCUGAUGUUUGGUUCAGUACCAGAGGCAGAAUGGCGCUGAGUUCAUUCUUCCCAGGAUUCUUUGUCUGCCCCACUGGAAUGCUGCUUCCCAUUGAACAGCUGGGAACUGCAAGAAAGUGAGAGGGAUAAUGCUUGGAGCCCUGAUUCUCCUAAAAUACUCUCUGUACACCCUGUGGUGCUGACUGGAUCACAUAGUCUGAUUUUGAUUCCACAGAAAGCAAAACCACCAUUAGUGCUGCUGUUUUCCCCUUCCAGCACACUGUAUCUUUGACUUAUGAACCUAGCCUAUUCCUUUCCCAUGUUUCCUGUCUUUCCUUCCUCCCUCCUAGUCCAUUUGUUUCAUUUAUUUGUAUAUUGAUGUUUAAUAAACUCCCUGCUAGGUGAGCUGUUUAGAUGAACUAAUAAUGCUCUUUUUAUGGUCUUCUGUCCAAGAACAAAUGGCAGCAAGUAUAAUAAAGUGCCUCUAACAUAAUCUGUGGGCAUUCCAUAGGGAUCAUAUGUUGCUUUGUGCAAGAUACAGCACUUUUCUCAGAGUUUCUGGCCAAGAAAAUGCAAAUAACCAAUCAGAGCACAAAUCCAACAAAGGCACACAACCAUUUAUUUGCUGCUGAAGUCAAUAUAACCAUCUGCAGCAGGUAUAGCACACAAGUCAGCCAGGAUUUUAAAAUGUCUGGCUAUUAAUUAGUUCUGUCUGAAUAUAUUUAAAAAUUAAUUGUAACAAGCAUUUGUGGAUAAAAUACUUCUCUUGGCAUGAGCCAUCUUGUUUAAUUCCGCAAAAAUCCAUCUUCCCUGUUUCCCCUUGGGUUCUGCCCAGUCUUUGGAUUAUUUCAAUGUGUGAAAGAAAGGGUCAAUGUUUUCAGAAGAACUCAGCAUGGUGGGCGGCACUCCAGGAGCCCCAUCCUUCAAAGAGCUGACCAUGAAAUAUCACCGUAGGAGCUCCUUGCAGGGAAAAGACAUGUUAAGAACUCUAAUCACUUAUGGAGGGGUCUAAUAGCACUUGAAACCCACCCCCCAUUUGAAUUCUGGCUCAUGAGUGGUCUUUUGAUGGUGGGUGAAUAUGAGUGUAGCUGGCCAUGCGUCAUAGACUUCUGUAGGCUUCUAAUCUAGGAAUAUCUGUGCCUUCAAUGAUGCUCCAGUAGGUUUCUUUGUCUAAGGCUUAUUGCAGUAUAUUGUUAGCUGGAACUUUCUUAUCUAGGCUGCUUUUUAAAAUCUUUCCAGUAGGAGACACUAGGCUCUGUUCAAGUCAUUUGUAGUCCUCAUUCCAUGCAUCAGUCACUGCAUCCUUUAUUCCUUUAUCCUUUAUCCCUUAUUCCUUUCUGCCUGUCUUCUUCUUUGUUGGUCUCAUAGGAUCUCCCAUCAUGCCCUUCUAUUGUUGUGGACCACCUUCUCUUCCUCCAUAAAAAUGGCUCCUCUUCCUCUCCUCCAUCCCUUGUCCCUCUUUCUGUCUUUCACUUCUCUACUUUCCCACUACAUUUGUGGGAUUCCUCGGCUGAUUCUUUCAUUCUCUUAACAGAUUAUUCUUGCUUCCAGAGGUGGAUUGUACUGCCUAAGCGGUGGCUGUAAUGGCAUUGUAAAUAUCAGCUGCAUGAGCUUGUUGUGGAGAACCUUUUCUUUCAUAUAUCCCUUUGUCCCUUCCUAGACCAUUCCAUAUUGCUGUGCCCUGCUGUGUUAGUGUGGACUGCAUGAGUCUUCAGAGAUUCUGCCAUCGAGGAGGAAAAGGGAGAGAAAGUUGUGAGCCUCAAGAGAAGACGAUGCUGGUGGUGGGAGGGUGCUGUUUUUAUUUGCUCCCCUUUCACAUGUUCAACAACUAGAGAAGCCUUUCUUUUGGCUUGUCACAAGAGGUUGGGGUAAUACGCAUACAAGAUUAGCAGCAAUAUAUCACAUUCUUUUCACAUUCUGUAGGUGCUGUACAAGCAUUGUUGCAUAGAACUAACAGCUUCUAGCUUCUAACACAGCUUUAGUGGCAUUUUUAUGGUUGCACUAAAAUAACAGUCCUGCAAAGCGCUGGCAGUGCAAUUAUCAGCUUUUGUUUCUGAUGCACAGCAAGUGCAUCACUGCAUAUCUAGAUUACACUAUAGCUUCCUUCCAUUCCUGGUCCAGCUUGCCGAUGUGUUCUGUGCAGCUUCAUUAUAGAAGAUACAGCAAGAUCUGAAGAUUCUGUAGCUAACAGCCAGAAAACUGAAGUCUGAAUGCAAUAGUUACUUUUCUCAAAAUGAUGCUUUUACUACUCUGCAGAAGCACAAAUCCACAGACAAGUUUUGCAUUGGCUGUGUGCUCUUGCACAACUGACCCAGGCGAUCUGCUCUGCAAAUACGCCAUGGGACUGAUUGUGCAUUAAAUAUGCACUGAGUGCUCACUACUAGAAUCACUGUGCCAACAUUUGCACAGUGUUAGGUUACGUCUGCACUAAAAAUCUAAACUAGUUUCCUGCCACGGCUUCUCCCAAAAUGAGCCUCCUAUCAUAACGGUACAUCUGUGAAGGUUAUUUUUUAUAUCCACACAUAGUUACAGUUCCUAAGAUUCCUUGGGAGAGACCUUGGCAGUUAUGGCAGCUUUGAUCCAGUUUGCCCUUGUGGCAUAGGCGUUCCAAUAAAAUAUAUGAUGGCACCAAAUUAUCCAACCCCCAACUCUGAUAAAAAGGUACAAACUGUGUCCUUUGACUGUUCCUCUCACUUCCUUCUUGUCAUGCUGGACUCAUGAUUUUUGAUGGCGCAGACUCAUCCUUAGUUUCAGUAAACCCAGCAGUUCAACAGUUCUACAGGUAACAUGAAGUUAGCCCAGGGAGGGGUUGCUAGGCUUAGAACCAAGAGAUCCAUUAGAAGGUUGAGGAACCUUUUAAUGGCGGUGGCAUGAAACUCCUUCCUGUAUUCCAAACCUGAGUCAGCAUGCAAUGACCCCUGCAGUAUUAUCCAGUCCCUUAGCUUAGCAUGCUGUUGGCCCUGAGGUCCUUGUUUUACCUGCACUGAAAUUAUUGCUGUACUUAUAACUUGGGAUAUAUUUACAGACGAAUCCGGUGAUCCAGGGAGACGUCACAACACCAGUAAGUGUUUUUUUACCCCUUUCAUAUUCUCUCAUAUAUAUAUAUAUAUAUAUAUAUAUAUACACACACACACACACACACACACACAUACAUAUAUACACACACACACACACACACACACACACAUGUGUGCACACACACACCAUCCUUCAGCAGAGCUUCCAAAGUCAUUUACAAAAACAAGAAAAACACAGAGAAAUAGAACAUUAUAUGUUAAAAAAGAAAAAAUGCAUUAAGGUAUAUUACAAAGCCUGGGAGAAUAAAAAUGGUUUUGUCAGGCAGCAAAAACAAUAAAUCUGCCUAGUGCCAACAUUAUUUUCUGGGGAGGGAAUUCCAUAAACUCCCGCCUUAUCUCAGAUGGCAGGGACAACUAUAGAACAGCCUCAGGUUGUUUUGGGAGCAGGAAGUCCUUCAGGAACCUAACCUGUGUAGGCAUUUAAAGGAAAACACCAGCACUUUGAAGAGUGAUCAGAAAUUGACUGGAAGCCAGUGUGAAUUUAUUUCAAUAUCAUUGAGAUAUAUCACCCCCACCAACUGACUGGUCCCAGUCAACAGUCUGGAGACUGUGUUUUGAGCUAGCUGAAGUUUCCAAAUAGUAUUCAAAGGCAAAGCUGGGUACAACACAUUACAGUAGUCAAUCAGUCUGGGGGUUGUCAGUAGCCAUGCCGAGACCACUUCUGUCAGUUCAGACAUGGGGGCUGCUGGGCAGCAGUCGGUACAACAGCAGAAUUCCCCAUCUGUUCCUGGUGCCCAAACUGGUGGACACAGGAAUUCAGCAGAGGGAAGUGGAGUAAAGGAAGACUGGAUCCUUAUAGGCCACAGUGAUAUUACCCACCAUCUCCAGCCCGCAUCUAUGUUGGUGGUGCACUGAGAACCCAGACAGACAUUGCUGAUGAAAGUCAACACCUUGCAGCCUGACGUCCCAGGUCUCAGUAGUACAUACCAGGUUGGCCCCCUAAUCCACAAUUAAAUUGUGGGUGGUUGCUGUCUUAUUAUGGGCAUGCCUGCUGAACACACCAGAUCUACUCUUGAAUGAAGUUUAUCUCCUUCUACCUGCUUCAUGCUUGUUCACUGCCCAAGGGAUGUGCUCCUUCCACAGCAAGCCAUAGAUCCUGAUGAGGGUGGCCGAAUCUCUAUCACUUUCUUCCGGCUUUUCCGUGUCCUACGGCUGGUAAAACUGCUGAGCCGAUCAGAAGGCAUUAGAAAUCUACUAUGGACCUUCAUCAAGUCUUUCCAGGCAAGUGCAUCACAUUGGCUGAAAGGAUGUGAGCUUGAAGAGUUCUAGAGGUUGGGUGACAAGCAUUGUGAUUCAACGCUUCCCAUCUCAUUUGAGGCUCAUGACUUUGCACUGCAGUUUUGCGACCCUUGGGUUCUUCUCUCUUUUGUUCUGCAGGCACUGCCACAUGUGGCCUUGCUGAUUGUGAUGUUGUUCUUUAUCUAUGCUGUGAUUGGGAUGCAGGUGAGGAUACACACACACAAAAAAACUCUCUCAGUGGCAGUGUAAGCCAAGAUCCCAGUUAUAAACCAUCCAUGGUAAUAAGGCCAGAUAUCAUAUUGUCAUUCCAUUCUAUUCCUUGGAAGCUUUCCUCAGUCUCAGCUCCCCAUUCUCCUCAUCCCAAUUGCUUGGGACACCAUGUAUCCUGCAGAGGUUUUGAAACAAGGUGUAUCUCUCUUGACAUGGUGCCUGAUCUGGCCCAUUAAAUAAUUAUACCUUGCAUGUCUCAUGUCCUUCUCCAUUGACCUGCAAACAGAGGUGUCACUUGAAAGGAUGCCACAAGAAUUUAGUUCCCGUGAGCUUUCAGUCUGGAGUUUUACAACCCAAUCCUAGGCAUAUUUGCUCAGUAAUAAGUCCCAUGAGUUCUAUGGGACUGACCACUGGUGUAAAUGGCUUUAAACAGGGAUUAGUUAAAUUAAUGGAGACCAGAUCUGUCCUCAGCUAAUAGCUGAAUGGAACCUCCAGGGUUAAAGGCAACUGGCCUUUAAAUACCAGUUGCUGUGGGGAAAAUGGCACAGAGAAGGGCUGUUUCCUUCAUGUUGUCCUUGUAGGCUUCCCAGAAACAUCUUGUUGGCCAUUCUAUGAAGCAGUGUUGGGUUAGAUGUUCCCUGGCCUGAUUCAGGAGAGCUCUUGCUAUGUUUGUAUGAGUUCAGUGUAACUUAAUCUCUAGUAAGCUUGAGGUUUGCAACUGCAGUCACUUCACUUCCUUGGUGGGGUAGGGUGGGGGUGUCAGCAGUCAGAAAGACAGUAAACAACUAAAGUAGAAAGCAGCAAUUGGUUAGAUUCAGACUUAGAUUGCACUCUUACACCACUUAAAGAGUCAUGACUUCUCCCAAAGAAUUCUUGGAAAUGUAGUUUACUAAGAGUCUCCUAACAACUUUCAGGAUCCUUAACAAACUUCAGUUCCCAUGAUUCUUUGGGAAAGGGGGGAGAGAGAGCCAUGAAUUUUAGAGUUGUAUGAGAUUGCUUUAAACUGUAUACUGUGGAUGUGAGCCAAGUCGUGAGGAGACCCAUUGAAAUUGAGGGGACUUACGUUAGUCAUGCCUAACUUGUUCAAUUAACUUUAGUGAGUCUACUUUAAACAUGGCUAAGACUAUAUCCAACCAAGUAGCAAGAAACGAAAGGAAACUGGUACAAAGAGAACAGGUUUUGGUACAAAAAGUGGAGGUUUAUCGCAGUGGCACUUUCUGAUUUACAGAUGUUUGGGAAAAUUGCUCUGGUGGAUGGAACCUAUAUAAAUCGGAACAACAACUUCCAGACGUUCCCACAAGCAGUGCUGCUGCUAUUCAGGUCAGUAUCACUGUACAUUUAAAGUGCAUUCAAUGCACACUUAAAGCACAUGACUUUCCCCUCAAAGAAUCCUGGGAAAUGUAGUUUCCCCCUCACAAAGCUGCCAUUCCCAGGACCCUUAACAAAUUACAGUUCCCAUGAUUCUUUUUUUUGGGGGGGGGAAGCCAUGUGCUUUAAACACAUGGCAUGUCCUGCCCAUUCCCUGAGUUAUGACCCUGGCACUUCCACAAUACCUCCUCAGUCUUCAUAUGCUGGUGGUCACUAUUUUAUUUAUAAGCCACCUUGAGCCCCAGUUUUGGGAAAAGCCGGGCUAUAAACAAUAACAACAUGCCAGAAUAGACCCUUAGUGUUAGGUUCACUCCUCAUUUUAAUUCUGGCAACUCAGAAAUGAAAGUCCCACAAAUGGAAACGAGGUAAUGGUUGCAAUUUUGCAGUACCCAGGAUUAGAGUCCUAGAAUGCUGGUCAUUCCAUAUCCUCUAAUCUAGAGAAUACUUUCUGGAAAGGGGCCCCUGCCUCACUUUAUCCCUUUCUCUAGGUGUGCAACUGGUGAGGCCUGGCAGGAGAUCUUACUGGCUGCCAGCUAUGGCAAGCAAUGUGACCCUGAGUCUGACUUUGCUCCUGGGGAAGAAUAUACUUGUGGCACAGACUUUGCUUAUUUCUACUUAGUCAGCUUCUACAUGCUGUGCGCAUUCCUGGUAGGCUAUUUCUGUUCUCUGAUCUUGUGCUUAUUUCCUAGUCAGUUAGCAGAUACUUGUAGCAUAUGGAUAAAUAUGGUACAGUAGCAAUCAUCAUUAAGGGACGAACUAGACAUGAUCAUGGGGGGGGGGCGUUGAAGGUGGUUUGAUGGAGGGAAUUGCUGCAUGUGAUGCAUAACAUCACCCUGCUUUCACCUUUGGCCAAACAGGUUUUGCAAAACUGUGGGUCAAAUCAAAAAUUUUGUGUAUGUUGCAGGAGGUAAUGAUGUCUCCCAAACCAUUUUCAGCUCCCUUUUUAAAAUACUCCCCUCUCUCCUUCAGAGACCUUGUAGCAUUUCUGCAGCAGUAGUCUUGGCUUUACACAUAGUUCAAUUCAUUCUUGCUAAUGGAAGGGGACUCCAGAAAUGGGGUUUAGGAGCUGCUGAUCACCAGUCAUAGCUCAGGGGCCAAUCUGUGACCAUCAAAUCCACUCAAAGGCUGCAAAUUCAGGAACAAUCAGAAAGCAGGUAUCGUUGUGUUUGCUGCUGAAAGGCAAUCAACGGCCAUUAUGGAGAGAGGGAAAGAGGGAAUUUUGCUUGUGAAUGAAAUGCAUUUAGCUGGGCUGUUGCUCUUCCUCUUUCCACCUGCGUUGCCAGUGUGAGAGAGUCUUUAACCUGCUUUAUUUACCCCUAUACCAGUUUUCAUCUGCUAUAUUUAGUAAGAUUAAGGGAAGAUUAGAUUAACAUUACUUAUUAUUACUAUAUUUAUUACAUGUAAGUAUUAAAUGUACGGUAUUUAAUAAAUACUAAACACUAAACAAUAAAUACUAAUAAAUAAAUAAUAAACGUAUAAAGCUGCCCAUCAAUAAACAUUCCUUAGUCAGCUUGCAGUAAAUAAGCUACUGACAUUUGUCAUGCUGAGGAAACAGAAAUGACUCUUCUCAAAGCCCUGGCCUGGGCACUCAUUCAAUAUUCUGUCUCAUUUUAGUUUUCUCAGGUGGCCGCAGUUCAUAUUAACGCAUAGCUAUAAAUGUGUAACGUAGCCCUGGAAUUCUCUGCUUCCUUCUCUCAUCAAUUUUGCCUCUUAGGCACUGAGCAGUGGCAGGUCGGUUCUGUUACAUCCAAGGCUGAGAGCGGUGAUCAAUGUGGCAAGGGAAUCAUAUGAAUGAUUUGUCACAAUCACAAACAGCAAGUCAAAGUGACACCACAAGCAGCCCAGCACAGUGGUGUGCUCAGUCAUUGCUUGUACUUCUGGAGCACGCUUGUAUAAAGACCACUCUUCUCCUAGCACACUAUCGUGGUUGGCUGCCUGAUGGACUUGCACAUAUGAACGGACCACUUAGCUGUUUCUACACAUGCACUUAAAUCACAUCUCUUCCUCACCGGCCCCAAAAGGCUCCUGGGAACAGUAGUUUCUUAAGGGUGCUGGGAAUUAUAGCUCGGGGGGGGGGUUUGAACCACUGUUCCAAGGAUUCUGGGUGGAAGGGUGUAUUCACAAGCCUAAGAAUUGAACUAACCAAUGCCUGUGACAUGCAUUGCCUUCCCAGACAAACUACCCCUUCGAUUAUACUUUAUUUAGUUUUAUGUGGGUUGGUAUACAGGCCUUUGGCCAACUUCAUUCCAAUGGGCAGCUCAGAGGUCCAUUAUCCUCUGCUAUCUUUCACCUAAGCUGUGCCAAUGUAUAUCUCCUUAGAUUAUCAACCUCUUUGUCGCUGUUAUCAUGGACAACUUUGACUACCUCACACGGGAUUGGUCCAUAUUGGGUCCUCAUCACCUGGAUGAAUUCAAAAAAAUCUGGGCAGAAUAUGAUCCUGAAGCCAAGUGAGAAACUAUCAGUUAUUACUUUUGUAAUCACUGGAUCUGUGGGCCAACUAGACAUGAAGUCUAUCAUGUAGUUUGACCUAUUGUCAAUUUUUUUGUUUAUGUUAAAAUAAUAAUUAGCCGGUACAUGCUUAUGCCAUGGUCUUGAUCAGAAUUACGCCCCAUUUCUGCUAUCCACAGUGAAAGGAAACCUUCCAUUGAUGCCCUACACCAGCUUUUUCUUUUUUUAAUCAGCUGUGCGAAAACAGAUUACUUGGCAAAUGUCUUGUCUAAUUUGGCUCUGAGUUUCUACUGGCAGUGGAAAGAGAGCUCAAUGUAACUUCCUAGAAAUGUUGUGGGACAUCAAUGCUUGGAAGGCAUAUGAGUACAAAGUCAGAUGUGUGGUAAUAGAAUGAGAAAUAUUGGUAUGAGCUCUCUUUUCAUUUAUCAGAUUGUCUCAGCCUUAAUAUAAAACCUUGAUUUAUUACACUGGCUUGGAAUCCCCAUGAAUUUAUUAGAAGGUAUGUUUCAAAUAGGGACAUCAGGGGCUUCUAGCUGUGGUCAAUCUUGCCCUGGUAAAAGGGAACUCAGGACGCAAGGGAGAAACGUGCUAAGAGGAAGGCACGCUUGGCAAAUCCACACUGUGAUCAACUCCCACCCAGGAAACAAUGUCUGCACUGUGGAAGGACAUGUGGGUCCAGAAUUGGCCUCCACAAUCACUUAUGGACUCAUUGUUAAAACCGUGUUUAUGGAAGACGAUCUUACUCGGCUACGAGUGAUUGCCAAAGAAGAAGAAGAAGAUAUAGUGUUUUGUUUCCAAAUUAUGGCAGGAUAGAUUUAGAAUGGCUGAUGCCUCUUGAGACACAGCAGGCUAGAUCAGGUGUGAGAAAGGACUUUCCAAGUACUCAGAAUGAUUUAUUUGCCUGGGCACGUGACUAACACCCAUUGGUGAAAUCUAGAAUUGUUCUUUGCAGUGCAGGACAGAAAUCCUUUAAAUAAAUAAAAUGUGGUCAAAAAACUUAGAAAAAAAUACAGUUGUCUCUUGUGAGAGCUGAUCUUUUUAUAAACCAGGAGACCCACUUUACAGAUUGUGCUCACAUAACAAUAAUGCAUAAACUGAUAUCUGUUUUUGCAUUUCUUUAUCAUGGAGGUGUGCAUACAGGAGGGAAUUGGGAUUCGUUAUGGCUUCCCAUUGCAUCGCCUGUACAUGUCAUGGCAAACAUGUGUUUUAUCACAGUGCCACAUAUGAGGCAGGGGGACUGGCUCAUCAGACUACAUUGUUUCAUAUAGCACAUUUGUAUAUCGUAUGUGCAAAAGAUUUCAGCCCAUGUCGGUCCUCACCUAUCCACAAAGCUGGAGGGUGUUGAGACCUUGCCCACCCACUCAACAUUCCACAUGGCGGGCUUCCUACUUUUUAGUGUGCUCUAAGGCAGAAAGUACCUGCCUCUUUCAAGGAUACUUCAAAACAUAUACUUUUAAUUGUAUGCUCUAUCACCAUGUCAAGAAAAUAAGCAGGUGCUGUGUGUGCAUUCACUGGGAUUAGAGAAUGGUCCAAAUAAACCAUUGAAUCAUGGCCUCUUCAGCUCCCCGAGCUAGAAACCUGUGUGCCAUUUUCUGCAACAUGGCUGUCUCUUCCUCUUCCUCAGGGGCCGCAUCAAACAUCUAGAUGUGGUGACUCUGUUGAGACGAAUCCAGCCUCCCCUGGGCUUUGGGAAGUUUUGUCCACACCGUGUGGCUUGCAAGGUAGGAGUCCUGAGGAAAUGUUUCUUUACCAGUCCAAACUAGGUCUGAGUUCGUGUCCUAGUCUCCACCCCCUGGCCCCUGUACAAAAUUCAGUCCUUAUCGCACUAGAUUAUUUUUUUAAGCUGAAGGAAUGAAGAACCGGUGUUUUUAAAGCUAUCUGUCAAAUGGAGGGUAGGACACUGAUUCCCUGGCUAUGGCCUGAAGGGCACAUAAGACCUUCGUCUCACUGAAGUGAAGCAGGUCUAGGUCUGCUCAGUGUCAGGAUGUCUUGGGUUCCACCUUGAGAAAGGUGGAAUAUAAAUUUAAGAAAAUGAAUAAUGGUAAUCUACAGUAUAAUAAUAAUAAUAAUAAUAAUAAUAAUAAUAAUUGUUUAUACCCCAGCCACUCUGGGCGGCUCCCAGCAGAACACUAAAAACAGAAUAAAACUUCAAACAUUAAAAAUUUCUCUAAACAGGGCUGCUUUCAGAUGUCUUCUAAAAGUCAGAUAGUUGUUUAUUUCCUUGACAUCUGAUGAGAGGGCGUUCCACAGGGUGGGCACCACCACCGAGAAGGCCCUCUGCCUGGUUCCCUGUAACUCACGUCUCGCAGUGACAGAACUGCCAAAGGCCUUCAGAGCUGGACCUCAGUGUCUGGGCCGAACAAUGGAGGUGGAAAUGCUCCUUCAGGUAUGGGACAUAUGGGUGUGUUCCAAGUGUGUUUGUUUGUGAAUGUAAAUUAUACAUUCAGUGCUAUUUUUCUGGAAAUUGGUGCCAGAACUCACCAUGAACCCUUGUUCUCAUAUAAUGACAAUGGCGCCCACCUGAGAGGUGCCAGAAGUGAGUUUCAGCACACUCUGCCUGAAAAAAACCUAGGAUAUAUUGUCUCUGACAUGGUGUGUGUUUUGCAGCGCUUGGUGAGCAUGAAUAUGCCCCUGAAUAGUGACGGCACAGUCACUUUCAAUGCAACACUCUUUGCUCUGGUGAGAACGGCUCUCAAGAUCAAGACAGAAGGUGAGAGAUGAAAUGCAUCAAUCGCUACAUCCAUUCCUGAAUAACUCCUCUGCACUCUCCCACAGCUGCCAUUAUUCAUCUCACAAGUUCUGAAGAACAUUAGUCACCUUAUAUGUCAGCAGAAGCUCUGCUGACCUCAAAAUCCAUUACUGCGUGAUUACAUAGGCCCAGCAGAUGAUGCCAUAAAUCAACAGUAACUAAUGCCUUUCUGGUGCAUUUAAUCACAAGACCUCCAAGAGUCGGGUCUUCAUCUGUUUUAAAUUAGCAUAAGUAGUUUCAGCGUGGAGCCAUGCCAACUCCAUGCCGCUUCUGGAGUUUUAAGGAGCCUAAGCUUUAUCAAAGGCAAAUACUAAGGAUUUUGUCCACCUGAGGAUUGAUAAAAAUGAAAGCACUUACCUGUGUUAACACAAUAAUAUUAACAACAGCAACAUGUGCUAUAGUUGUUGUUCUUGUAGCCAGCCUUAUCUGGUCUGGAGACACCUCAAAGCAGCUAAAAAUAUUCAAUGCAAUGCAAUGCAACAGCAGCCCCCCAAAAGAGCAGCAGAAACAACUUUUCUUUAACAAAUCUGGACAGCAAGCCAACAAUAAAGCUAAUGUUUGAUUUAAAAGGAUCUCACCCCAAGUACCAGGCUGUACAGUGGUAUGUCAGGAAGUGGGGGAGAUGAUGAGAUUUUAUUGUAAGGGAUGCUAAUGAAUUAAUUAAGAGAGCAUUGAUUAAUUGGGCAUGAGUACUUGUUGUCUGAGGGCAGACAAUGAGGAGGAUAGGAUAAACCAUUGUGGCUGACUUAUUGGUAAUGUUUUGUUCAGUGCCAUGCAUGGAUGCUUUGCAUGAAGAAAACGCCUGGUUCAAUCAGUUGGCACCUUCAAUUAAAAAGAGUCUCGUGUAGCAGACUGGGAAAUGUAGGAAUAUUGUAGAUUCUACUGGAUAAGACAGACCAAUUAUCUGAUGCAGUAAGUUUCGUAUAAAAGCGGUUGGUGCUUUUGCAGGUAACUUUGAACAAGCCAAUGAAGAGUUAAGGAUGAUUAUUAAAAAAAUAUGGAAGAGAACCAGCAUGAAGCUCCUGGAUCAAGUCAUUCCACCAAUUGGAGGCAAGUCCUUAAUUUCUUUAUUUAAAUGCCAUUUGACCUUAACAAAAACCCUAAGCAGUUUACAAGAAAUAUCAAAGUUAUCAAUAGAAACUGUUUAAAACAAGAAAUUAAAAACAUUUAAAAAAUAAUAAUUAAAAUCAGCCAUAAUCUAAAAAGAGAUUAAAACAUGUCAACUUCUGUGUGCCUGGAUAGGCUUACCGAAACAAAUAUGUUUAAAGGAAGCACUGAAUAGAAUGUGCAGGUGGCGCUGUGGUCUAAACCACAGAGCCUAGGGCUUGCCAGUCAGAAGGUUGCUGGUUCGAAUCCCCACGACGGGGUGAGCUCCCGUUCUUCAGUCCCAGCUCCUGCCAACCUAGCAGUUUGAAAGCACAAAGUGCAAGUAGAUAAAUACGUACCGCUCCAGCUGGAAACGCACGGCGUUUCUGUGCGCUGCUCCGGUUUUGCCAGAAGCGGCUUAGUCAUGCGGGCCACAUGACCCGGAAGCUGUCUGUGGACAAACACCGGCUCCCUCGGCCAGUAAAGCGAGAUGAGCACCGCAACCCCAGAGUCAUCCGCGACUGGACCUAAUGGUCAGGGGUACCUUUACCUUUACCUUAUUUCAUAUAUAUUUUUAUCGCUAACCCUCUUUCUACAACUUGCAUUUCACAAAUCUCCUUUGUGUGUUCUCAAGCAGCCUGGCAUACAAGUUGGCUGGGUUCUUUUGCUGAGCAAACUUAAUGUCUGCUUGUGGCUACUCCUCCUCCAGAUGAUGAGGUGACCGUGGGCAAGUUCUACGCUACCUUCCUCAUCCAGGAGCACUUCAGAAAAUUCAUGAAGCGCCAGGAAGAGUAUUACGGAUACCGGCCCAAGAAGAAUGCUGUUGAAAUCCAGGUAAGUGAGAAUUGGAACAUGCUUGACCCAGCAGAGUAGAAAGAUUUCCAGCCCAUAAUGGAGUGAAAGAAAAGAAGGAAACGGAGGUGCUUUGGCUUCUCUCAUACGCACCAGAUUCCAGGUACUGUGACGCAGUUGUUUGCAGUUUUCAUGGCCCUGUUUUGGGAUUCUCUAAAGAGCUGGCAUUUUAAACAAAAUAAUCUCUCUGCAAAUAUUCCCACAAAAUUAUUAUCCCUCCCCCCCCCCAUCUUCUCCCACAAAAUGCUUAUGGACAAAUCUUUCUGGAAUUUUUCAUGCUUUGGGUUUCCUCUGGAAUCGCUGCUCUUGGUUCAUUCACUUUACAGAGGGCAUUUGAAUGACAUUUGGUGCUUACAGGCAGGGGCUUGAUAUUGCAAAUGGGUUGUCCACAUACCUUGUAACUGGCCUUUGUAAUUUAUUAGAUUUUCCCUGGAAAAAGGAAAUCCAGAUUCAAUGGUGGGUGGAGGAGAGACAAUAUGGUCUGGCAUUUUGAUUCCAACAACAUUGUGUGGACCCAGUUAAAAAAAAGAGAGAGAGAACCAUGCAUGAGGAGCUGUCUGUGAGGGUUCUAGGGGUUGCUGGUGCGUAAGCCAGUGCUUAUCUCCCCGGCUGGGUGCAAACACCUGGCUGGGUUGCCUAAGUGAACCUUUUCUGUCCAGACAGCCACUCACCCGUGGCUGACUCAAUCGCUGGCAGAAUCCGUCAGUGGGCGUUUCUUAAACUUCUUCCAGCAAAGAAGCUCUUUGACGCCUAGUCUCCUCCUACUCUCUUUUUUUUAUAAGAUAUUUAUUAAGCUUUUUUAAAGUAUUACAAUAAAAAUGAAAAAAAAAAUAACAAAAAUACAAAAUAAAAAUAGUUAAAAACACACAGAUUUUCCAUUGAUUAUUUUCCUUUAGCUUGUUUCCCGGACCUCCUCAUACCUCCCUUUUUUGUAUUCCACUUCAAUUCGUUGGUUCAGCAAAUCCUUACCCUCUUUAUUUAUCCUAAUCUUUGAUCUUGAAAAUAAUAGCAUUAGAUUUUUCCCUAUUAAUAACCCUUUUUUCAUAUUCCCUUAAAGCAUUACAGCAGGAAACCACUUAAUUUCUAUCCAACAUCAUUCUAACAUUCAUUAAUUUUACAAUAUUUCUGUAGAUAGUCUUUGAAUUUCUUCCAAUCUUCUUCCACCGACUCUUCUCCCUGGUCUCGGAUUCUGCCAGUCAUUUCUGCCAAUUCCAUAAAGUCCAUCACCUUCAUCUGCCAUUCUUCCAAAGUGGGUAGAUCUUGCGUCUUCCAAUACUUUGCAAUGAGUAUUCUUGCUGCUGUUGUUGCAUACAUAAAAAAAAAGUUCUAUCCUUCUUUGGCACCGAUUGGCCGACUAUGCCCAGAAGAAAGGCCUCUGGUUUCUUCAGGAAGGUAUAUUUAAAUACCUUUUUCAUCUCCUCCUACUCUCUCUGCGCGAAAGCCUUCUGCGCAAGGAGGGCAUGGGCAAUGGAGGAUCCCUACUCUCCCCACUGGUCCCAGGCAAGGAGUCAUGGGACCGCCUUGCUGCUUCCCCCAUCUGCCCCCCUUCUCCACUGGUGCUACGCUGAUUCUCUUCCCCAGAAGAUGGGCUGCUUCUCCCAAUCCCUGGACGCUCUCUGGAAUCCCUCUGGCUUUUGCUCUCUCCCUCCGGCACUGAUGGCAGUUCCCUGACACUGUCCUACAAUAAACACCCAUCUGGGAGCACCCAGUAAAGUCCAUCCUGUAAUCAACGUCCAUCUGGACACAUCCUUUGACAUCAAAUGUUUCUGUGUGCUCUUUUUUUUUUUUGUUUUUGGAAAGAAUUGGACAAUAGCACAGUAUCUGCAUAUGUAGAUUGCCUUAGCUUUAGAGUUCCUCUGGGCAACUUGUUUAUUGAGCAUCCAUCCUGAAUUUCUUGCACAAAGCUUACAACAGAGGUUAGAUGAUAUCUGGCCUUUAUUGUGCAUUUGUUGUGAUUUGUUUAUAGGGUGGUUGUACGGCAAUGAGCUUUCUAGCAUUUGAAGAUGCAUGGUUUUGAUGUGUGUGGAAAUUAAUUGGGUGUCUAAGUCAAUGCUUUCUGUUAGGACUUUUCCAGUCAAUGCCAUUUAGCAGCAUGCAUUUCUCUCUCUCCCUCUGAUUAUUUAAAUUUGCCCUUUUCAAUCUAGGUUUUUUUGACGGGGGAGUCAUCACACAGUAAUGCUUAAAAUUUUAAGGGUGUUAUAGCACAUUUUAAAAGAACUUUUUAAAAAGAUCAACAUGCCACUAUAAUGCUGUGCUCAGGUGAAUUUUCACUCCCCCGCCCCCGCCAGCUAUGUCACACCCACUUGUGUGAUGUAGCAUAACUGAGCGUUCCCCCUGUCAACAUAAGCACUGGUUUAUACACAGUACUUUGUGAAGCUGGCAAGUUCAUAGCUGUGCAUGAUUAGGGAUAUAUACUGUAAGAGCCUGACCUCCAAGUUAAUUUCAUGGGAAGGAAAGUCAUCAUGACUUAGGAGAAGGUGGUUUGGGUCACACCUUAACUCCCUGUUCUCCGGCAUGAAUGGUCCCUGCCAAUGAUAAUCAUUUCUGUGCUGUUUCAAUGAGGCUGGCCUGAGGACCAUUGAAGAGGAAGCAGCUCCUGAGAUCAAAAGAGCAAUCUCUGGGGAUCUGACGGCAGAGGAGGAACUUGAGAGAGCCAUGGUUGAGGCAGCAAUGGAGGAGGGCAUCUAUAGGGUGAGUAUGAGCACAGAUAUAAAGUUUGCUUAAUGGGCAUCCAAUAUAUCCUUUAACCCGCAGCUGAAAACUUCAGCAAUGACACACUUGCAGUGCUCCCCUCACAGAAUGAGUCCAUUCCCCACUCCGUUUGUUUCCUCAUGAAGUUAUCAUUCAUCAUUCAGUUUUGUUUCCUUUGUUGAAUGUUAAAGAGCAGAAGCACCUGUGCUAUUCUGUUUUCUGUUUGUUUGAUUGACUAAACUUGUGUUAGUGGUCUUUUAUAUUCUUAUAGAAUACUCAUUGUAAUGGUGGGUGGAGGAGAUAAAGCAGAAGUGGAAUUCUAACCUAAGAGGAAGUUGAGACCCCCACAGAUUAUGUGAGACACCUAACACAUUUACCUCAGAUUGUGGCUCCUUGUCAGCCAUCAUUCAAUGUUAAGCACCCCGAGUCGAGUUAAAGAAACAUACAACAAAUAAAGCCAAGGCGUCCUGAAGCUUUCUGUGGUGUGUGUAUUUAUAUACAAAAUAUUUUGAGCAAAAUAAAAUGUGCACACACUGAAAGUUGAUUUUCUUAAAAUUUCUACUAUUUUCGGUUAACACAAGUAAAAUAUUAAAUAUUGAAAACCCCAAGAUAAUAAUCACUAGGUAGGUUGAGUCCGGGACGCGGGUGGCGCUGUGGGUAAAACCUCAGCGCCUAGGGCUUGCCGAUCGCAUGGUCGGCAGUUCGAAUCCCCGCGGCGGGGUGAGCUCCCGUCUUUCGGUCCCAGCUCCUGCCCACCUAGCAGUUCGAAAGCACCCCUAAGUGCAAGUAGAUAAAUAGGUACCGCUUUAUAGCGGGAAGGUAAAUGGCAUUUCCGUGUGCUGCGCUGGUGCCGGCUUGCCAGAGCAGCUUCGUCACGCUGGCCACGUGACCCGGAAGUGUCUCCGGACAGCGCUGGCCCCCGGCCUCUUAAGUGAGAUGGGCGCACAACCCUAGAGUCGGACACGACUGGCCCGUACGGGCAGGGGUACCUUUACCUUUACUAGGUUGAGUCCACCCUUUAAAAUAAUUAGGUCAGGCUUCCUCAGCCUCAGCCCUCCAGAUGUUUUUGGCCUACAACUCCCAUGAUCCCUAGCUAGCAGGACCAGUGGUCAGGGAUGGUGGGAAUUGUAGUCUCAAAACAUCUGGAGGGCCGAGGUUGAGGAAGCCUGAAUUAGGUAGUUGUAAACAUGGUACUUUAAAACACUUUUAAAAUAAUGUUUGGUUUGCCCCUAAAUAUAAUUUGUGCUUUCUCACUAACUAGAUCUUGUUCCUGCCAUCCCCCAGCUGGAACACAAAGGGCUUAAUAAAGACCAAAAUAACAACCUCCUCUUUUCUCCCCUGCCCUUGAAUGCAGAGGACAGGGGGGUUGUUUGGCCAGGUUGACACCUUCAUGGAACCAAGCAGCCCGCUACCACCUCAUGUGGCUAGCCAGAGACCUCUACAAUUCACCGAGAUGGGAAGCGAAGAUUUGGAUUCCCCUGUAUUCCUUGACGACUUCCCACCAGGAGGGGGUGGCAAUGUGAACAACAGCAACAGCAACGCCAACAACAAUGCAACAACGGGGUAAAGCCCAAGAAACUGAGAGCAUAACAAGCUGGGAGAGUGGCAUUCCUUUCAGAGGGCUGAUUCUGGCAUGAGAUUGGACCACUAAAGAUUGGAUAGGGCUAGAAUUGUCCUAAAGCUUUUCUUUAAAAGUUUUUCAUUGAUUGCUGAGUGGGGGAGUUGGGAUGGGCAAGUUGGGGAAGCAAAUGAAUUAGCAUUCAGGAGUUAUAAAAAAAAUAAUGGAGGAAGGGUGACUUACCAGUAAAGGCUGGGAUGGCAACCCUAAAAAAAACAACACAACCCACUUUCCUUCAUUUUAAAGAAAUUUUCCCAACCGAUUGAAGCAGCCAAGAACUGCUGCAAUCAGUAGCUAGCUAGGCUACCACGUUCUCUCACAAUGUUCCUGAUCUAUUUUUGGGGGAAAAGAUGGCAGCAGUAGGGAAUACCAUCACUAUCUCACCCCAAGUUAUAAUACAUAUGGAGCAACACUAAGUUAUGACGUAACAUUGUUCGAAAUGAAGCAUUAUGGGAGAACAUGCUGGCCCGGCUUGCUGUGGCCAGGUAAAUUUAUGCAAAAGGAAAUGGCUGUUCUUAUAUUCUUGUGACAUAAGGGUUCUUUUAAAAAAUACACCAUUACCCCUGCCUUUACUGGUAACCCCACCUUUGUUAAAAAAUGAAGAAUUUUUUUUCUCUCUACCCUGGGAAUGUUAUCAAAGUGCCUUCCGCUAACCACCAUAAGGGACACCACUUAGCACCUUCUACCCCAAUUCACCAAAAUUCUACCCAAAAAAGAGAAGUCAUAUUGUUCACUUCUGAAAGGUGCUGAGCUUUAGCUUUCUUGGCAAGAGCAUUCCAGAAGUGAUGGGCACCCAUGAGAAUGCACUUCUGUAUGCCCUCGCAGUGGUAACUUAGUGCAUGGAUGUUAAACCUUAGAAAUGCUUUGGGAUAUACCUGUACAGGUGGCAAUAGGUUGCGCCCAACUUUCCGAAAGCUUGAACUGAUGGAUAGGGGAUCCAGAGCAUGCAUGGUAUGUUUUCAAUUCUUUCUGCGGAGAGAAAGUAGCAUUCUGUACUGAGUGAAACUUUUAAACCAUCAUAAAGAGAAGCCUCUUUGAGGAUUGCAUCACAUACAUAUAUUUAGCUGUGGUACACACACACACACACACACACACACACAGAGGCUGGAUCUAGACACAUCAAAGAAGCAUUUCAGUUAAAUGCAUUGUAAAUUUAAACAGAGAAAACAGGUAGAGAAAAACGGGACUCCACAGCACCAUCUGGUAUGUUAUAUUGCAUAUACAACACAUAUAAAUCGUUUUUUCUUUACUAAUCUAGCUGAGUCCAGAGAGAGAAGGAAAAGUUUGGAAAAUGGAAAAGAAAGUGCUGGAGAGCUAUGGUCUGGUCAAUAACUCUGGGUUGUUGUUUUUAAUGUAAAAUCAUAGUCUUCUGGGUCACCCUAAAGAGUACUAAUAGUUGUUUGGGACAGGGUAUUUUCUUGGAACUUACUAUCAGUGCUUUGCUCCAUAGGGUGAUGUAUGAGAAUGAACUAGUAAGAGAGAGGGCGCUACCGUCAUCUCAUCAGCUCCCUGACCUAGGUGAGUUCUUGCUAACAGCCCAAGGGAUUUCCAGGGCCAGUCUAAUCUCAUAAUCCCUAUAUAGUGGUACCUCGGGUUACAUACGCUUCAGGUUACAUAUGCUUCAGAUUACAGACUCCGCUAACCCAGAAAUAGUACUGGUACCUCGGGUUAAGAACUUUGCUUCAGGAUGAGAACAGAAAUCGUGCUCCGGCGGCGCGGCGGCAGCGGGAGGCCUCAUUAGCUAAAGUGGUGCUUCAGGUUAAGAACAGUUUCAGGUUAAGAAUGGACCUUCAGAACAAAUUAAGUACUUAACCCGAAAUACCACUGUAUGCCUAUACAGUGGUACCUCGCAAGACGAAUGCCUCUCAAGACGAAAAACUCGCAAGACGAAAGAGUUUUUCGUUUUUUGAGUUGCUUCGCGAGACGAAUUUCCCUAUGGGCUUGCUUCGCAAGACGGAAACGUCUUGCAAGUUUGUUUCCUUUUCCUUAAAACUGUUACAGUAAUACAGGGUGCAUUGCUUGAAGAGGUGCAGUUGCGACUUGACUUUGGGGAGCAACUCAUAGCACGCGGUGUGGUAGCCUUUUUUGAGGUUUUUGAAAAAACUGAAACCGUACUUCGCAAGACGAAAAAACUCGCAGAACGAAUUAAUUUCGUCUUGCAAGGCACCACUGUACUCAGGUUAGUGUGGGAGGAGGUUAACUGCUGAUCCGACAAAGGAGACUGUGUAAUGAAAGCAUUUGCAACUGGCAUGGGUCUAGUCAAAAUAGCACCUUUUAAGACUUGGAAAAUGUAAUUAUCUCUGAUUCCUUUUGUCUCUUUUCCCUCUCCCCUCUAGGCAGCAAAUGCUCUAUUCGGCCUAAAAACCGUAAACGAAAAAUGAGCAAGGUGCCAACUCAUGGUGUCCAGAGCCAAUCAGAACUACAGUUUUCCAUCCAGCAGGUAAAUGCUGCAUUGCUUCACUUUAGGCAUGCUAAAGAGACCACAACCCAAGCUGUGCUUUCAGUGUUCCCCAUACAACUCCAUCAGAUACAAAAGACAGGAUGUGUACAUAUAUGGGCUACGGUCCCAUUAGAACGAUUUAGCAUUGUUGAAGCUUUGCUUUUCCACAAUCAGCUGAAAGGAGAAUUAAUAUGAUUCCACACAACACUUAAUAUAGUGCCAUAUUAUCCAGCAAUGGCUUUCCCCCACAGCCAAAACCCUUCUGUAAAGUUUGUUUGCAUUUAAGCCUCACUCAGCAAAAGUCAUUUUCAGCUUCUGAAAUAACCACCCUCAGUUGCUCAUUAAUUUCAGUUUCAGUUCCCUUGGAGGAGGGUUUUAUUUAUUUAUCCCAUUAUUAUUUUUUGUUUUCAAUUGUCUAUCACUCUGUGUGUGUGUGUGUGUGUGUGUAUGCCUUUUUUGAUAUUAUAAUAAUAAGGUGCUAAUACUCAAGCCUUGAUAAAAGUGGUACAAAAUGGCUGCCACGGGGAGCAGAAAUAGAGGUGACUGUACUCCAUACAAUAAGUACCAUCUCUCUCUCUCUCUCUCUCUCUCUCUCUCUCUCUCUCUCACACACACACACACACAAAGUUCAUUACAUGAACAUGAAAAAAAGUAAAAUAAUGGGAGGAAAUCAGUAAUUUAAGCCUUCUCAUAUGAGAACAGAAACUGACAAUAAAGGGAAAUUCAGAGGCACUGUUCUGUGGAUUGAUGAAUGUCAGCCACACUCAACAGGAAACAAUAAAAGGAUAGAACCACUGAGGAAGAAACUUAAUUGAAGGACAUUAGCUUUGAAAACAUUCAGUAGCGGUUUGCCUAUUCACAGUGGACAGGCUGACUCAGCAAUUGCAUUUGCAGUUUUUUAAAAAAUUGCCACAGAUCAGUUCUGACAAAAUGCCGGAGGGCAACACAGGGAAAAUGGACCUCAAUAUAUCAGCAAUGACAUCUGGACUACUCAAGGAAAUUGGGUCUUGCAUCCCCUCUUAAACAUCCACACAGGUGGAUAGUGCCUGACGGAUGCACCCACUUGCAGUAAACACAAUUCAUUUGAUGUUGAGGUUGUGCCAGACCAUCUCCAUUAGAGGAUAAGCACUUUUGUCUAUCUCCUCUUCCAAUAUCAGAUGAAAUUCAAAGGGGGCGGGGGGAGCAUCAUGGCAUAUCCAACUGUCCAAGCCAUAUUUUAUGCACACACCUGGCAACGUUAUAUAACAGUAUUUUAAUUCUUAAAAUAUGGGCAGCAAUCACUUUAUCCUCACUGUAGAUAUGUCCGUCUGCAAAUUGUGCCUCAGGAUCAAUGGGGAUAACAAUCUUAAUAAGGAAGGUCACCGGGGUGGGGGCAGGGCCUGCUGCACUCUGGGUAAUAAAGAGACUGGUGAUUGAUGCCACUCAGAUCUAUCUGGUCUUGUUUCCAUGCAAUUUCCCCCAAAGAAGUCCAUUGGUUCACAACGGGAGUCCAAUGAUGGCGAAGGGUUACCAUCUGCAAGCAGCAAUGAAGGAUAUGCACUAAGGAGUAUGGAAACCUCUACCCCUGCCUCCAUUCAGCUCAUCCAAGAGGUACAGCUGUUGUUGUUUUUCUAAAAAUAUUUUAUUUAUGAUUUUCAGUUUUAUACAUUUCAAUAAUCUUACAAUCCUUUUAACAUUUCAAAACUUGUCUUCCUUCCUCCUCUUUCUGCAGUUCCUUAAAUUUAUUUUUAAUAUUUUCUGCAUAUCCAAAUUAACUUAAUUUGCUCAUUUAUUCAUCUACUUUAAAUAUAAAGUAGAACUUAUAAAACUGCAGGUUAUUACAAUAAUCCUGCCAAUGUUCUUAUCUGUUUACAGUUCGUUUGUAAAUAUUCAAUAAACCAUUUCCAUUCUUUUAUUAAAAGUUUGUUAUCUUGAUUUCUUAAUCUUCCGGUAAGUUUUGCCAUUUUUGCAUAUUCCAUAAGUUUUGGUAUCCAUUCUUCUUUGGCUGGGACGACUUCUUUCCAUUUUUGGGCAAGUAACAUUAUUUCUGUUGUAGUCACAAACAUGAAUAAAUUUCUUUACAGUUUGGGUAGUUCUGUCCCUAUAAUUCCCAAAAGGAAAGCUUCUGGUUGUUGCUGUUGUUUUUUACAAAUGUUAUUUUAAACAUCUUUUUCAAUUCAUUAUAUAUCAUUUCCCAGUAAGCUUUAACCUUACUACAAGACCACCACAUAUGAUAAAAAUAACCUUCUUUCUCUUGACAUUUCCAAUACUUAUUUGAUUUGGAUUUAUACAUUUUUGCCAAUUUCUUGGUGUUAUACUGUAGUAACAUCGAUACAUCAUUCUCAUAUAAUUUUCUAUUAGACCAUAGCAUGCUGUAAAUUUUAUAACCAUGUUCCACAAUCGUUCCCAUGGUUCCAUAUCGAUAUUAUGACCAAGAUCUAUUGCCCAAUGUAUCAUUGCGGGAGGUACAGCUGUGGGCAUCACACACAAGUUCAUUGGAAGUGGUUGGGGUUUGAGACAGGGUCAAAGGAAGGGACAAAAUGGGAUGUUGAAGAAGGGAAAUAGGGAUGUCAGAGAAUUCAGUCCUAAAUGGGAAAUGGGAGUGAAAAAUCACCACAAUUAGCAUGGAUCCGUACAGAACAGAACUGACACAUUUCUUUAGUCAUGGAAUAACUGUGUUAUUUUCUGCAUUGUUUUUGGUGUUUCUCUUCCACUGAAAUGCAUUGACGUUAAUUGCAUGGGCUUCCAUUUCUUCUCCCGCAGGCUCUGAGUUCUGGAGGACUUGACUCCCUGGCUAAAGACUAUUCGUUCCUGAAACUGGCAAGAAAUGAGAUGGCUGCUGCCUUCCAGGUGGAGGUGACUGAAGUGGAGGAGAUUGCGGCUGCUUUAUUGAAGCGAAGGGAAACCGACUCAAAUACAUCUUUGUAAAAGGCUCAUUGCAUGGCCAUUCCAAAUUCCAGACUGUGAGAUCUUUCCCCCAGCCUUAUCUCGUUUUUCCCCAGCAGGGCUGCUAUAAAGUGCUACCCAUUUGUCUGCUUCUGGGUGGUUACCAUGAAAGCACAGCAUUACUUGCUCACAGCAAUCCCUGACUGGUUGCCAUCAGCAGCAUAACAGGCUAAUGGAAAAGAUGGCAGAGGGAAACCUAUUUUCCUUGGCUGUCAAAGGAGGAGAUUUUUUUUUAGAAAUAGAACUCCCCAGGUGUUUCUCCCAGCAGGGUCUCCUUGCUCUCAUGAGAUCGACAGCAUACAAGCUAGAUGAUAGAUCACCAAAUAUUCCCAAUAUUUAAUAUCAAAGAUCCCUCCUACCUAGCGAAUUUAUUUCCUCUGGGAAACAUCUUGAAAAGUGUCCUUUGAUUACAUUGUUUUGAACAGAAAGUAAAAAUGAUGAAAAGCUAGCACUUUUAAUAAACUGAAAGAACCAGGAAUGAUUAUUUUAUUUGUUUAUUUGAAAUAUUUACACCUCACUUUAAAAAAAACAAAAACUUUCCAGGCCAACUUACAAACAGGUAAAAGCAAUAAAAACACAGCAAUAGAAUGAAAGCAUUAAAAUCUAAACACUGUUACACACUCUCUCACAUACCUACACCUCAAAAACAGGAUUGAAGGGUUUUGUUGCUGAA